CACGUCCCGGUUGCAUGUGAGAGCACUUCCGGUGCAGGUGCCCUGUGUGCGUUUCGGCCACCUCGCUCUGUCUCUCGGCUCUCUGGGUUUACCGGAACCAUGGAGACCCGGACCGCUGGGCAGCCGGCCCCCAGGAAGGUGACCGCCCCGACAGUGACCCAGAUGAAUGCAGAGUUUGUCACCCAGGUGAGGGAGCUGCCCAGGCUGUCAGUCCAUGUGGGAUUGUCAUCACUCACUCACUCACUGCCAUAAUAGUGACCGGGGGGAGAUAUACCAGGCAUCCCAUAUGGGGGGAGGGGGGAGAUAUACCAGGCAUCCCAUAUGGGGGGAGGGGGAGAUAUAUCAGGCAUCCCAUAUGGGGAGGGGAGAUCCCAUAUGGGGAGGGGGGAGAUAUAUCAGGCAUCCCAUAUGGGGAGGGGAGAUAUAUCAGGCAUCCAUAUAUGGGGAGGGGGAGAUAUACCAGGCAUCCCAUAUGGGGAGGGGGAGAUAUACCAUAUGGGGGAGAGAUAUAGGCAUCCCAUAUGGGGGGGAAGAGAUAUACCAGGCAUCCCAUAUGGGGAAAGAGAUAUACUGGUAAUCCCAUAUGGGGAAAGGAUAUACCAGGCAUCCCAUAGGGGAAGAGAUAUACCAGGCAUCCCAUAUGGGGAGGGGAGAUAUAUCAGGCAUCCCAUAUGGGGAGGGGGGGAGAUAUACCAGGCAUCCCAUAUGGGGAAGAGAUAUACCAGGCAUCCCAUGGGGAAGAGAUAUACCAGGCAUCCCAUAUGGGGAAGAGGCAUCCCAGAAGAUAUACCAGGCAUCCCAUAUUGGGGGGAAGAUAUACCAGGCAUCCCAUAUGGGGAAGAGAUAUACCAGGCAUCCCAUAUGGGGGAAAGAGAUAUACCAGGCAUCCCAUAUGGGGGGUGGGGGGGGAAGAGAUAUACCAGGUAUGCCAUUUGUGGGGGGGGGAUAACAGGCAUCCCAAGGAGGGCUGGGCCUGGCAAAUAAUUGGGUUUACCAGCUCCACCAUGUUUACUGCUUCAUGCUGUUUGGUAGUGAAUGAAAAUUGUUGCCCUGCAGUAGAUAUAACUCAUGGACUGGAAACAGAACUGUCAGCAUUCCAGAUGGGAAAUACUACAUUUCCCAUAAUGCUGGCAAAGUCUCAGGGGAGAUGUAGUCCUUAAGAUAUGGAGUUGCCAAAGGUUGCCUACCCUGGACUAGAAUAAAGGGCAAAGCUGUGUGAUAACUUACUAUCGAGUGCCUUCUACUCAGGCUAACUGCGAAACCUGAGACGUAUACACCAAAGAAACGGAAAUAGUUGUGAGAAACCUAAAAUAUAUAACAUGAGUGUGAAGGAGACAAAGCAGACUAAUUGCACUUAAUUAAAACAUACCCUCAGAUUGUAUACAGAAAUUACUACCCUUAAAUAUUAUAGAGAAAGUAACUUGAUAAUUUUCAUAGUUGUUCCCCCGGAAGAAUAACUAUGGUUAGGGAUGAGACCCUGUCACAAUGGUGCUAUUAUAAUCUGGGAAACAGCCCCUGUCAGAAUAGCGCAACAAUCUGGGAGAGGGACUCUGGCAGAAGAGCGCUAUGAUUGGGGAGAAGGACUGACAGAUGGGUGCUAGGAACAGGGAGAGGGACCCAGAUACAAUGGUGCUAGGAACAGGGAGAGGGACCCGGACACAGUGGUGCUAGGAACAGGGAGAGGGACCCGGACACAAUGGUGCUAGGAACAGGGAGAGGGACCCGGACACAAUGGUGCUAGGAACAGGGAGAGGGACCCGGACACAAUGGUGCUAGGAACAGAGAGUGGGACUCUGACACAGUGGUGCUAGGAACAGGGAAAGGGACUCUGACACAAUGGUGCUAGGAACAGGGAGAGGGAAUCUGACAUAGUGGUGCUAGGAACAGGGAGAGGGAAUCUGACACAAUGGUGCUAGGAACAGGGAGAGGGACUCUGACACAGUGGUGAUAGGAACACGGAGAGGGCCUCUGACACAGUGGUGAUAGGAACAGGGAGAGGGACUCAAGAAGAAUAAUGUUAAGAGAAGGAAGAGGAACAAUGGCAGAAUAAUGCAUAAAGUGAGAAAAUUAUUUGAAAUUUUAAACAAGUACAUAUGUGAAAUACUGCAUAAAGUAGUCUGCCUGUCCAUGUAGAAAAUAGAAAAUUUACAGAAUAAAUGAGAAUAUAAUAAAAUGUAUAGUCACUAUGUGGACAUGCUAACCUAAAUAAUAAACAUACACGGUAUCAUAGUGCAAAACUAAAGCAUAUUCGUUAGUAUGGGAUAAUGUGAAAUAUGCAGUUAUAGGGACAAUAGUUGAGUAAAGCAAAAGAAACCGUUAGCAGGACACUGAUGGAAUAGUUGAAGAUGGGCAUUUAGAGGGACACUGGUGGAUGGCACUAGGAGCACUGAGAAGGACACUGGUGAAAUAUAGCACGUAGUUUAGAGAUGGACACUUAGAAUAGCUCUAGGAGCAUUUACAGGGACAUUGGCGUGCCAUCAGUUGUCACCAAUUUUGCCCCCGCUGCUCUUGCUUUUGUAUACGUCUCCCCCUGAGUGAUUUUAGAGCCGCAGCACACAUCAAAAGUGAGUCAUUAAAUUGUUGGUUUUGAAGGGGUAUAUUUCAUAUCCAUCUAUGAUGGCAUAGCAAACACUAUGGAUUAGACUUAUGAGAAGGCUUAAGGUGAUUAUACUUUCAUAUGUUGUAUGGGAGAUGUUUCCAUCUCAUUUCAUUCUCACCAUGGACUUUACCUUUUGUGGACUGCAGCUAAUAUUCGUCUCAUCAAGGGAGAGUCUGUCUGAGAACGAUAGAAUGUGCAGUUCAUGACAUCUGGAGCAAUGUAAGAUUAUGAAAGCAUGGCAUAACAUUCUGCAACUGUCAUCAUUCUCAGCAAGGCCGAGCAGUCCACAGCUUUAAUUUCCUCUCUAGGUCUCAAUUUUUUCCCCUUUUUGUUCAGGUAGUGAAUGCAAGCCCUAAUUGUUUGGUACACCGCAGAUUGCAAAAUGUAUCCAGGAAUUGCGGAGCUAGGAACAAUUCCAAAGUUCAACUCUGCCAAACUAUAAAUCGCCCAUCUUAUCUAUUAUGGGAGUUCUAUUUCUAGCAUUCUAGACGCUGUUAACUGCAACUGCUAUGAUUCUCAGCACUGCUUAGUUGAAGGAAAACCGUACCCCCCUAAACUUGUCUAAUUUUGUCCUUAGUUUUGCAACUUGGUUGUCGGCUUACCUUUUAGAGAAUUGUAUCACGCUAGUCUAUAAUCUAAGUGAAAAGACAAAAGCAAAGUCAUUAAAUUGGAUUAUGUUCUUUCUCCAUUCAGUUGGCUAAAUCAUACUGGGCUCCACACUCAAAGAAGAAAUUGCCCUUUGAUUAUAAGGUAAGACAAUGUAUUUUUAUAACCUAGAGCCUUUCUCCAUAAUGGCCCAAGGUAGCUGGAAAUAUUGUUGGUAAUCUUUAAAUGAUUUUAUGAUUGAACAGCAGAGCACAUUCUGAGUACUUUUCCCCUCUCACUCGUCUCUCUACAUUGAUAAAAAGCCCAUACAGUUUUUUUAUUUUUAUUUUUUUAACAGGUAAUUGAAGAUAUAUAUGUAAAGGAAAUUUCCAAAUCAAGGUAUGUUCAUUUAUAAAAUGGAAAUGUUUGUGUUGUUCUCUAUCCUUUAUCUCAGUUUGCACCUUAAUUGCUUGUGCAGGGUCAUUUGCUAUUACAUUCCCCUUCCUGCUUCCUAUCUUGACAGCCCUGACCCUAUAACCGUUACUAGAAUCAAACGCCCUACUGGGUGAUUGAGACUACAGUCCAAUAGCUAAGUGUUGCAGUCUCUUUAAAGCAACACUAUAGGGUCAGGAACACAAACAUGUCUACAUCUAGCCCCCCUGGUCGCUCCUUGCUCACCUAAAUAUAGUAAAAUCAUACCUUUAUUCCAGUCUGUUGGUGCUGGCUCUGCCCCUGAUCUACCUUCUUGGCUGACAUCCUCAGAAGUGAUGAUCCCAGCCAAUCACAAUUCUUUCCUAUAGGAAAACAUUGGAUUGGCUGAGAUUUGUCAAUUCUGAUGAUCUCAGCCAAGGAGCCAAACACUGCCCUGGCCAGUCAGCAUCUCCUCAUAGAGAUGCAUUGAAUCAAUGUUCCGGGGUGGCUUGUGACACCCCUUUGAUGCUGCCGGAAUUACACCUCUGGCAGCAAAUGGAGGGCUUAACAAAUUUGUUUGGAAUCUAGGAGUCAGCUAAAAAAGUUAGGAGCCAGUUUUUCUUAAGGGAUACUAUAGUCACCAGAACCACUACAGAUAAAUGUAGCUGUUCUGGUGCCUAUAGCCUGUCCCUGUAACCUUUUCAAUAUAAACGUUGCCUUUUCAGAGAAAAGGCAGUGUUUACAUUGCUGCCUUCUAAGACCUCUAGUGACAGUCACUCAGAUGGCCACUGUGUCAGUGCUCUGCAUGGAGUUGCUGAAAGUUACCCAAAGAGAACGUGCGUAAUAUCCUUUCAAUCCUUUCCUAUGGGAAAGCAAUGGCUUAGCUGAGAUCAUUAAGAUCUCAUCUAUGGAGGCGGGUAAAGCAACGGCGAAACCAGCACGGCGUGGAAAAAAAUGUGAUCGGAGGGGGGCGGGUACCUAAACACACACACACUGGCACAGGUACAUACAUACAUACAUACAUACAUACACACACUUUCUCUAACACUCACACAUUUAUAUUUUUAAUUAUAAUACACCCAGCCUCCCUACCUUUGGGAGAGCUGAGUGGACUUUCCCUGGGAUCCAGUGGGGCUGCUAUUCCUGUGUGCGAGGGAGCAGUAAUCAACCUCCAGUUCCUCUCUGCUCCCUCGCACUGUCUUAAGUGAUGCUGGGGCUGGAAUUACGUCAUAUUCAGACUCCUGGCAUCAUUACACAGUGCGAGGGAGCAGAGAGGAGCUGCAGGAAGAUCACUGCUCACUCGCAUGCUCCCCCAGCCUGCCGCCUGCACCAUCCCUAGGUCUGCCUUCUCCAUACAGCCCAAAGCGGCUGGCUAUAAAGUUUCCUAAGCCGGCCGCCAUGUGCUGUAUGGAGGCGGCCAGCUUGGGAAACUACUACGCUCCCUGAGCUGGCCACCUCCAUGCUCCCGCAGACGGGCAGCCAGCUUCAUUGUGUGCCUAGCCGGUCACUUAAGGUAAAAGGUUAACAAAUCCCAGACACCAGGACAAAAUUUGUAGUCGCCAUAGGGACCUGGCGCCUGGGAUUUGUCGAGCCCUGGGUUAAACUCCAUUUGCAUAAUAGGUUAAAUUCCAUUUCCAUACUAAAACACUGCACAUAGAGACCCCAUGCAGCAUGACCACUUAAAUCACUGAAGUUGUCAUGGUUCUUGGAGUUACCUUUUAAGUACAAUGAACUUAUCUUUGCACAUUUUGAACUGUUCCUCGUUUAAGUACUAUGCAUUAUCUUUUUUCCUCCUUAUUGGCAACAUUGAUGAUCCCCCAAAUGAUACAAUUUGUUUCUCUGCAGGUUUGCUAUCAGGCGGAUAAUGCUGUUGGAGUUCAGGUGAGUUCAUUAUUAAGUUUUUACUUCUGAGCAUUAAUUUACCCAAUCAGGACAUGCGUUCCAGUGAGCUAUGUGUAAUCGUGAGUGCUAUAACAACGGUGCAUCAUUUACCAGUAAUUACUGCUCCUGUCCUUGCUACGAUCACAAGAAAAAUGGAUAAACUAGCCGCUCUCUCUCUCGUUUAAACCACAUACAUGGCGCGUCUCACUAUUGGCAGAUUACUGAUGUUUCUGCUCAAACUCUCAGCCACGAUUAUAGUGAGUUAGAGAGAGUUAUUGAAAGAAGUGAAUGAACUUGCUGUCCCAAUACCUUAUUAAUGUAUUCGUAAACCUACUUUAAUCUUUUAAAUGCUGUACCAGAGUUCAGGAGAUCAGAUUUUUACAUGAUGGAUUAAUUUGCACAUGCUAUGUAUAAGUUUUGUUCUAUACAGUUCUGCCCCUUCUCCCUCCUGCCCAUGCCAACCUUCAGCCUUUGCCUUCUUUUCUCCAGUAACACCACUAUAGGGAGCGUGUGUGUGUGUUUUUCUCUCCUAAGUGGCUAUACAGCAGGGGUUUUGUUUAGUUUUUUACCUGACAUAAUUGCAGGCUACAGUUAACUUAACUUGGCUGAUUUAAAUGAACCUAUAUGCACCAACCUUAUUGUUUUAAUAUAUGUCAAUAUGGUAUGUAAAGAAGACAUUCACCCUGUUGUGCAUCCUGCUGUUUUUCUACGUUUUUUAACUAAACUGAAUUGUCCAUAUGAUGUUGUCACAGCCAGUACUUGGAGAACUACCUGUGGCUGAAUUACAGUCCUGAGGUGUCCAGCAGGCCCUACCUGAUGUCUAUCUGUUGCAUGGUAAAUGAGAAGUUCCGGGAGAACGUCCCAGCUUGGGAGGUGAGGAAGAAGUCUGUUGAGUUCUACGUGCAGAUGUUCAUGUCCAUUCCUUGCUAUUGAUGUGAUUGAAAAGACUUCUGUUCUUCUGGUUAAUGUUGUGAUUGAAUUUGCUUUCUCAUUUGUUCCCAGACUUUCAAGAAGAGGCCACAGCACUUCCCUUUCUUUUUCAAGAGUAUAAUGGAAGCUUCUGUAGCCGAAGAGGCAAAAAGUGACUUCUCCUUGCAAGAGCGAACGAUCCUACUGCUUUUUCUAGAUCACUGCUUCAACAGCCUGGUAACCAUCUAUUUCUGUCUACAGUUAAGGAGACACUCCAAGCACCAUAACAAUUUCAGUGUGCUAUAGUGGUUAUGGUGCUAGGAGUGCCCUGGUGCACCCCAUUGUAAAGAUUCAAAACAUUUUAAAAUGUUAGAAUGGUCUCAGCUCUUACCAGGGGUCCGCCAAGAGCCGCUCCCCGCCUCCACUGCUUCCAAUGGAGAGCUAGAUUCUCUGUAACUGAGAUAAGCCAGGGGUGCAAUUAGCUGACGCUCUCAGCCAGUAAACUAGGAGAGGCGGUAAGCACAACUUGGCAGACUAAGAGAUCAGACCAUUCUAACACAGUUUGACUAUUUACAAUGGGUGAACACCAAUGCAUUCCUGACACUAUAACCGCUACAUAGAGCUGUAGUGGUAAUGGUUCCUGGAGUGUUCCUAUAACGUUCCAAGAUCUUAUGCAAAAACACUAAUGAAGGCUAAAGCAGCUUUUCAUAUAAAUGUUACCUGCCAUGUAGCUGGUCAGAUUGAUGAUUCUGGUACUGGCAAACCCAGCAACACACUUUUCUAGUUAAGAUAAUGUUAACUUUCUGAUAUCAUUGCAUUUAUAACCGUUUCAAAUCAGUAGAAUAUGCAAUACCGCAAUAGUAUCACAAUAGAAUAGAAUAGGAUUAGUUCACAGUUGUAAUAACUACACAUUAUUGUAUUCUGCCGGGACAGAAAUGUCUGAUACCAUGGUUAAUACUUUAUGUGCUUUCUGUUUAAAACUAUUGCCAGUAAUCUAAAUUCUAAUUAAACAGGGAUUGUAUCUAGUGCAGUGAUUCUUUUUGACAGGAACACAAAUUAUAUACAUGAUAUUAGCUCUUCCAUUGUAAUGUAGUAUAUAACAACACUUUCAUUCGAUUCUUCUCAAUGUGGAAAGGGUCUCUGAUUUUCUUAGGAAGGUAGUGAUGCUACUGAAAACAAAUUGCUGAUCUCUGAUAAAUGUGAUGGUUCUGUGCUGUCCGUUGGUGACUAACUGCAUUUUGUUUAUUUUUACUAAUUUCACAGAGAAACAAAGUAUACAUCAUGACAAUGCUCGUUACAUAACAGAGCGUAUUGUAAGCACUAAAUGUCAGCAUAGUGUAAUGAACAUAUUUUUAUGUAUAAAGUAAUGUUGACAAACACAACAGUUCAAAGUAAGCCACAGUGUUGGAAUAGUUAGCUUAAUUGUGCUCAAUUAUUGUGUAUAUAAAUGCACACUGUAUAGACAGCAAUUAUAAUGGAUAUAGACCAAUAUGACUUCAGUUUGCCAAUGAGGAAGGAACGUGUUUUAGUGCUAUAGCUGCACUGUGUAAAUAAAUCGGUGAUACUUAGACGGUGAAACUCCAUUUGGUUUGAUCUUGGUACAAAUGUUAUUGUGCACACACAAACACAAUGCAGAUUAACCCCUUAAAACCGGAGGACGUACAAUUACGCCCUCUAAUAGGCGGCUCUAAACGCCGCCGGGCGUAAUUGUACGCCCUCCGGUUUUUGUUAACUUACCCGGUCGCCGGCGGUCCCACGCCGGCGAUCGCGGUGGGGGGGACUCCAAGGGAGCCCCCCGUGGCACAUCCGUCCUCGUUGAAGCCCCCCGGCCAUGUGAGAGUGGGGUCCUAGCGAGGACCCCACAAUCACAUGGCCGGGUAUAGCUGGCUUCUGUAUUGCCGGCAGGGGGGCUGCCUGUAAUUACAGGUGGUCCCCCUGCUGGCUGGAAAUAAAAAUAAAAUAAGUUAAUGGUGUAAAAAAAAAAAAUUAUAUAUACUUAGAUCAUAUAUAUAUAUUAUAUAUAUAUAUGAUCUAAGUAUAUAUAUACACAUAUACAUACACACACAUACACCGUCUAGGUGUAUUUUACUAUUAAUAUAUAUAUAAUUAUAUAUAUAUAUUAAUAUCAAAUUACACGUAGACUGAUACUGAUUAAAUAUAUAUAUAAUUAUUGUUAUAUAUAUAUUUAUAUAUAUUAUAAAACAAAUUAAAAUUAAAAUGUAAAUACGUUAAAAAAUAAAAUUAAAAAAAUAAUUAAAAAUAAAUAAUUAAAAAUAUAUAGAUGUGUGUUAUUUCGCUCUAACUGUAUUGUGAAAUUAAUAUAUAUAUAUAUAUAUAUAUAUAUAUAUAUAUAUAUCAAAAUACACGUAGAACUAAAUAAUAUAUAUAUCUAUAUACAUAAAUAUAUACGUAUAUAUCACUAUAUAUAUACCUAUAUAUAAAUAAAAAUAUUUUAAAAAAAUUAUAUAGAUAUAUACAUAUAUAUACACAUACGUAUAUAUACAUAUAUUAAUUCUACAUAUAUAUUUAUGUAAUAUUUUUACAUAAUUAGGUAUCUUAAUUAAUUACAAUUAGCAGGACCUGCCUGACAACCCAUGCCGAAAGUAAAGGGAAUUUAAUUUGCUAGCACUAUAUUUAACCCUAUAACUUUCCGAGACACCAUAAAACCUGUAUAUGGGGGGUACUGUUCUACUCGGGAGACUUCGCUGAACACAAAUAUUAGUGUUUCAAAACAUUAAAAUGUAUUACAACGAUGAUAUCGCCAGUAAAAGUUACGUUUUUUGCAUUUUUCACGCACAAACAGCAUUAAACGGACAAUAUUAUUGCUAUGAUACUUUUUACUGUUUUGAAACACAAAUAUUUGUGUUCAGUGAAGUCUCACGAGUACAACAAUACCCCUCAUGUACAGGUUUUAUAGUGUUUUCAAAAGUUACAGCGUCAAAUAUAAGGCUUGCGUUUCAUUUUUUUCACAUUAAAAUUCGCCAGAUUGGUUACGUUGCCUUUGAGACCCUAUGGUAGCCCAAGAAUUAAAAUUACCCAUAUGAUGGCAUACCAUUUGCAAUAGUAGACAACCCAAGGUAUUGCAAACUGGGUAUGUCCAGUCUUUUUUAGUAGCCACUUAGUCACAAACACUGGCCAAAAUUGGUGUGUUUUUUUGUAUUUUUCACACACAAACAAAUACUAACGCUAACUUUGGCCAGUGUUUGUGACCAAAUGGCUACUAAAAAAGACUGGACAUACCCCAUUUGCAAUACCUUGGGUUGUCUACUAUUGCAAAUGGUAUGCCAUUAUGGGUGUAAAUUUCAUUCCCGGGCUACUAUACAGUCUCAAAGGCAACGUAACCAAUCUGGCGAAUUUCAAUUUCAAAUGUAACGUGCUAUAUUUGACCCUGUAACUUCCCAAAACGCCAUAAAACCUGUACAUAGGGGGUACUGUCUUACACGUGAGACUUUACUGAAUAUAAAUAUGUGUAUUUUAUUGCAGUAAAAGCAAACAGUAUUAUGACACUGACCGUUAAAAUAUAAUGUAGAACUAAAAAAAUCCAAAAAAAACGUAUUUUCUCCCAUUUUUUUCAUAUUAAAUUAUGUUUCAUAGCUAAAUAUUUGAUAUUAAAUGAAAGCCCUGUUUCCCCUGAAUAAAAUGAUAUAUAAUAAGGGUGGGUGCAUUUACUAUGAAAGAGGUGUAUUACGGUUGGACAGACAUGUAGCGCAAAUGCAAGGUUUUGUUUACAUUUUGUUUUGUUCACAAUGUGUACAUUUGGCUCCGUCCUUAAGGGGUUAAUCACAGGAUCGCCCUCUGAGUCUGUUUGUUUUUGUUUUUCAGGAAGUUGAUUUAAUCCGUGGACAGAUUCAGCAGCUUAUAUCACUCCCUAUGUGGAUGUGUUUGCAACCAGUAAGUUAAAUUUGUUGUUUUUUUCCCCUUUAAACAGUGAGUGGAAUCUGUUAAUUUUAGGGGGAAAUAGCCACGUUCUUAGAAAACAAAAAAUCUUAGUGGUGCGUAGCAUUUCUUUGUUAAGCCUUUAGCGAAAUCAUAUGUAGUAUAGCAGGAUGUCUGGAUAUUGUAUAACCUGAAGCUAUUGUACUGAUAUAUUUGAUGAUUUUGUAUGUUUAUACUGUGUGCUUGUUUGAGGCUGAAGCUCUAGACCAGUGUUCCCCAACCCAGUCUUCAUGGCCCACCAACAGCCAUGGGUUUGUUAGUAUCUCCAUUGGAAUAAAACAGGCAAAUACACAAAGACUGGAUUGUUGGUGGGCCAUGAGGACUGGGUUAGGGAACACUGCUCUAGACCAUCGCUGGACUGCAUUUUGCAGCACCCAAAAAUAAUCAAAUGGCCAGGAGCCACAUUGGUGGGCUAUCAUUGCCUAGAUGUGGCUACGGAAAGUCCCAAAUGCUGUUUUCACUCUUUUAGCCUCGCCUGGAACUGGAGCUGAAGAAAACACAAAAGCUGAGAAAAUUCUGGAACCUGAUAAAGAAAACUGAUGAGAAGUUGGACAAAAAGGCACAUGAAGUGUAUGUAUCCCACAGUCCAUUCCCAAUAUUCACACAUUGCCGUAUGUGCAUUUAAUAACAAUCCACAAGUAGUUUUAGGUAAUUAAAGGAAGACUAUUGUCACCAGAACAACUACAGCUUAAUGUAAAUUUUUUCUGGUGAGUAUAAUCAUUGCCUUCAGGCAUUUUCAUGCAAACACUGCCUUUUCAGACGAAAAAAAAAGUAAUGGUUUGAGGAACAUGACAAAGAGUUCAAGGUGUUGCCGUGUCCUCCAGAAUUCCCCAGAUCUCAAUCCGAUUGAGCACCUGUAGGUCGUGCUAGAACAACAAAUCAAAUCCAUGGUGGCCCUACCUCGCAACUUGCAGGACUUAAAGGAUCUCUUUAUAUUUUCGUGCCAGGUACCACAGGUGGAGCCCAUAUCUUGAUGCCUGUUUUAGCAGUUUGAGGGGGACCUACACAAUAUUAGGCAGGUGGUUUUAAUGUUGUGGCUGGUCAGUGUAUACAUAUCAUCCAGCAUUAUAAAAGGACGUCAGAUCCAGCUUGGCCUAGUCCUUAAAAACUUCUUCUUUUAGGGAACCUUGUUUUUAUCACAUGAAGUCAUGUUGUUUAUUUAGUUUGUAUGCCAUUAAAGUUACACCAUUCUAAGCCAUACUCCUUGCUAAUGCUUGCUUGCAACCUUUCAGAGCCAUCCGGGAGAGAACAUUUCUUUGGCAGCUCAUUCAAAAGUUCCUGUCUGUGCUCCGUUCCAUUGCAACUUCAGGUAAUUGUCAUCUCUCUUAUACGGGUCACCUCAGAGGUGACCAGGAAAAUACUGUACCUAUCGCGUUAAUUUAUUGGAGUGAAGCCAUAAAGAUGUCUGAUCACUGGGGUAGAUUACUUACACACUGCUCAAGCAGUAGUCAUGAUUUAGGGAUAAAUAUGUGAUAAAAUAAACCGCCUCACUCCCUGCAUUACCAAUAAAGAUUAAGAAUUGCCUGCAUUUACUUGUUUGCUGAUAAUUAGUCAAAUUGAAAGCAAUAUGCAAGUGUUAUAGAGUGUUAUGAACUAUAAAUGAAAUCUUUCUCAGCAAUAAUACAUAUAGUGGUAGAUUAUACUGUUAAAGAUAAAUGCAUAGUAGCCAUAAAAAAAUAAAUAUACAAAUAAUUUUUUAUUCUUUUUACAUCCAUACCAGAUAAUUACCGGAUUUACACUAUAUAUGUAUUGUAUUUCUCUUUGAGGUUCAAAUUGGAUUUGCAUCUUCAAUUAAGAUUGAUAUUGAGAGAUAUAUAUAUAUAUAUAUAUAUUUAUUUAUUUUUGGCACAUCUGAAUUUCUCGUGAUUUUGUAUUAUUUACCGUUACUCUCUAGUGACAUACAUUCAUUGUCAUCUUCACUUCUAUUCUGCAGGGCCGGCAUCCAUGGACAGUGUACAUUACUGUGAGCGUUUCGUAGAAUUAAUAAUUGAUCUAGAGGUAAAGUGUGUUACAUCACUAGGCUGAGGGAAUCUGUCAUUGUGUCUUGGUUUCCACAAUAAUAUGCCAAUUUUGUCCUUUUUUGGCCUUUGUGCCAAUUUCCUUUUUUCUUCUCCAUAUAAAUUGAGAUGGCAUCAAACCGUAUUCCCUUCUGUGUAAUUACUGCAGAUAUCACCUUUCUUUGAGCCUCUAAUGGCUUUUCAAUACAAAAAGUUUCACAUAUUUUCUGUGUGAUUUGUUCACUAAAGAUUGGGAGACGUUUAUCAAGGUGUCUUGUACUGAAAAGUAAUGCGAAGAAGGAAAAGAGUCUGCAGGUUUUCGUGGUGAUUGCUGCACUUUGCAACAUUUUUCAGAACAUUUACACCCUGAUAAAUCUCCUCCACCGAGUCCAGCAGUUUUGCUCAUGGUAAUCUUGUUACCUGUGAUGAUGAUGAUGAGUGAACUGUUUUGCUUGUUGAACGUCAAGUUAAGUGCACUCUUUAAACAGACAAUCCAAACAUCAAUACACCUUCAAUUCAUUUAAGAGGCUUUGGUAUUUUGUUUGCAUGUUCAUAGACCUAGAGGAAGGAAACAAUGCCUGUUUGUAGUUUCUUUGAUGGUGUGCAGCCAGGUAGAGAAUUAAAAGCAGAGACCGAACUGUGUGCAUACAUAAAACGUAGCUGUUUUCAUACAUUUUAAAAUUAUUCUUUUUUUUAAUUUUGGUCACCCAAUCCUAAACAAUCUUUGCUUUUUUUAAUGCAUAAUCUAUGAGAAUAGCAAAUUAAUAUCUUAACUACUUCAAUUUUCAAUAUAUGCAUAAUGCAUUAACAAAAAAACCAAACAUGUGCUUCCCUUCAAAGUUCCUAAACUUGCAGCUCCAUUAACAAGUCAUUUUUUUGGGGGGGAGUGUUGUUUACCAAGCAGGAGUGUAUGGGAUAUGCAGUCUACCCCAAGCUACAGUUACACUCAUGACAUAGGAAUAUGUCAGCAUUUUGUUUAGUGUGUGUGUUCAUUUCUGCUAUAACGCUCUCUGUGUCCCCAUUUCUCAGGCCUUGCUACCGACACGUCGCUGGUUUAACACCGUUCUAGAUGACUCUCAUCUUGUUGUCCAUUGUUACCUAUCUGGUCUCAGCAAGAGAGAGCAGGAAGGACAUCUUUUUUCGCAGGUAAGACCCGGACAAGAUGGAGACCUAUCUACUUUGGUAGACUGGCCUUGUUCGUGUAAUUCUCGGUGUUAUAUCCUGUGAUCUCUGGUCGUUUUGGUAGACUGGCCUUGUUCGUGUAACUCUCGGUGUUAUAUCCUGUGAUCUCUGGUCGUUUUUGUAGACUGGCCUUGUUCGUGUAACUCUCGGUGUUAUAUCCUGUGAUCUCUGGUCGUUUUUGUAGACCGGCCUUGUUUGUGUAACUCUCGGUGUUAUAUCCUGUGAUCUCUGGUCGUUUUUGUAGACUGGCCUUGUUCGUGUAACUCUCGGUGUUAUAUCCUGUGAUAUAUGGUCGUUUUGGUAGACUGGCCUUGUUUGUGUAACUCUCGGUGUUAUAUCCUGUGAUCUCUGGUCGUUUUGAUAGACUGGCCUUGUUCGUGUAACUCUCGGUGUUAUAUCCUGUGAUCUCUGGUCGUUUUGAUAGACUGGCCUUGUUCGUGUAACUCUCGGUGUUAUAGCCUAUGAUAUAUGGUCGUUUUGGUAGCUGGCCAUAGAAAAAGAGGAAUACAAUGUUAAAGCAUGUAAUCUUGUUCCUGCUUUGUUUCUGUCUAGCUUCUAGAAAUGUUGAAGUUUUAUACUGGGUUUGAAAUCAACGACCAGACUGGGAAUGCUCUCACAGAGAACGAGAUGACGACCAUCCACUAUGAUCGAAUCACCUCUCUGCAGGUGAGUCUGAGCUUCAUCCAUUGGAUUUUACUAGCACCUUUGAUGUUUUGCAAGAUAGUACAAAUGAUCAGAAAAGUAGAUUAUAGAGUUAGACCAGGAGCAAUUAAAUAAAGCACAGGAAAGCCUAUAGAGUUUUCUUUUUUUCUUUUUUCUUUAUUUUUAAAGGAACCAUUAGGUUGGACAGGCAGAAGGAGGAAACAGUCUAUAAUAAGUGUGUGUAAAAUAAUGCAUAAUCAGAAGCUACCUUUAUCCGUUACUCCCUAUAUUACACUUGACCUGCCUAAACUACGCCUUAACGGUUACGACAACACUUAUUGGGCAUUAUUAAUUAGGCUUCUCUUCCACUGUGGAGAGGACCCUGAAAAAAAAAAAAAGAUUUUUACUUGCAUGUAGUCCUGCUCUGGAUGAAGCUCCUGGCGCUGCCUUCCCACCCCGUUCAGCCGGGGUCUUGUGCAGAUUUUGCAGACUGAGAGCGCAUGCACACAAUCUAAGCCAGUGAAGAUAGAAAGGGCUGGGAAUGGGAAAUGCAUUUAUUUAUUUUAAAAACUAGCUAUUUUAUUGGGAGGUAGGCAGGGGAUUAAAAAAAGCUCUUUAUGUCAGUUGCUUGUGUGCUGUGUGCGUUAAUGAGGCAUUUUAUGCACAGAAUUGACAUUUAGAAUCUCGGAACGGAGCCAAAGUCACAUGUGCCGUGGGUGUAACUAGCCUCUGCCACACAAGUGCAGAAUACUCUGUAUGUGUAUUGUAGCCAGCAGAAAUGAUGCACAUACAGAUUCCUACUACCAUGACCACUUAAAAUCACUGCAGUGGUCUGAGUUGUUGGAGUAAUCUGUUAACCUUUCCAUCCUAUAUAGAAUGAUAAAGACGCACAGGCCCAUUUAUGUAUGGCGAUGAAGGCUUAGCCUAUUUAAAAGCAUUGCAUAUGUGGCAAUGAAAAUCAGUCCAUUUUGACAUUUUCAGUGUAGAGUGGUGAAGGGUUUAACCAGAUUGUAAGGUCCUAUAUAUAUUUACAUAUAAUAAGCACAUUUGGAAUUUUCUGUAAUGAAGGAGAUGUCCUCUUAGAAAGUUCACUUGUAUGGUGGUCAAGCAUCGGCUCAUUAACAUAUUUCCUGUUAAUGUUUACUUAUGAACACAUUAAGAAAACAUUUUAAUGCUUAUUUAUACAUGUAUAUUACAUUUACAAAUGUUAUUGGAUCAUACUCAUUCUGUUUUGUCUGUUUGUUGUUACCCGCAGAGAGCAGCCUUUGCACACUUCCCUGAACUCUAUAACUUUGCAUUGUCUAAUGUAGCUGCUGUGGACACUAGGGAAUCUCUAGUGAAAUGUUUUGGACCUCUUAGGUAAGCACAUUAACCUACAUCAUAGCAUAGUGUGCACAUUGUGGACACCCUACUGCUAACCUGUCAAUUCCUUCUUUUAUGAAUAUAACUUUGUGAUGCUAAUAAUUGUGUGGGAUGUUCCUUGCCGUGUGAUGGAAAGUAUUUAAUAGAAUUCUGAUACUCAAUUUUAGAGUUCUCUCUUCUUGCGUUCUACAGUUACAAGGCUAGGCACAAGCAUUGAAGCCAUGCGGUUUGGUUUAAGAUUUAAUGUUGUCUCUCCAUGACUUACCUUUGGCAAAACAUAAUGCUGCUCCCAUCUUUCUAUCCUCCCUUAUACACAAGUAUGUCCCGUCUAGGCCCUUACGAUCUGCUGAAGACUUACGUCUAUCUUCUGUCUGUACUCCCACCUCUGAUGCUCGCCUUCAAGAUUUCUCGAGGGCUGCACCGUUCCUGUUGAACUCACUUCCCUCCUCCGUUAGAUGCUCACCCAGUCUCCACUCCUUCAAAAAAUCGUUAAAAACCCACUUUUUCAUAAAAGCGUAUCAAUUAAACUGUUAAUAGCUCCUGACUGAUUCCUCUUCUGCAACUGUCACUAGUCUAAUACUAUCCUUACCUUUUUGUGUCAUUAUACCCCACUCCCUCUAGCAUGUAAGCUCAUUGAGCAGGGCCCUCAACCCCUCUGUUCCUGUGUGUCCAACUUGUCUGGUUACAACUACAUGUUUGUUCGUCCACCCAUUGUAACGCGUUGCGGAAUUUGAUGGCACUAUAUAAAUAUCAUAAUAAUAAAACACAAGAUAUUUGAAAUGAAUGUGUAGAUGUCACAGUUUUGAUGGAAUAUCUUUAGUACACGUUAUCGUGUAUGAUCGAUCUGUGUUGAUGUGUAGGUUGCUAACAGGCGCUAUUCCAUGUAUUUUUGGGUUCUAUGUUUUCCAAGUUCAUUAUUCGGUUGAAAUAAUUAUUCAAAUGUUUACUAUCCAUGCAAGAAUCAACAAAACAAUGCACUGUUUAUGCAUACCGUAAUGAAAGUACAUCUACACAUUACUUUCCAGGACACACACAAAAAAAAACCUGUUUUUUAGAAUUGAACUUUUUAGUGAAAGGAUUAACUGCUCCAAUGCCCGCCUGUUCACCUUAGUGGUAGCGCUGCUCUAAUCAUCUUUUCAGUUUGCACAUUUUGUGAUCCUUUGUGGUGUGCUGAGUUGUGGACAGUUUUAGAUUUGCAUGGUAGUAAUUUGCAGUCAUUUCAAAACUGAAUUCACCAUCACUCUGCAUUACAUAUUGCAUAUUGAUGUCAUAGAGGGGAAUCUGUUAGAAAAGAGAAAUGCGUUUCGAAUAAUUAUUCUUAGCAAGAGAACUUUCUUUUAGCAUGUUAACAGAGCUUAAUUAUCUUUUUUUUUUUUUUGCAGUUCGAAUACUCUCCACCAGGUGGCAUCCUACCUCUGUCUGUUGCCAGCUCUGGCUGAAGGGGAGGAAACCCAAUAUGACAAAGAGUUUCUCUUGGAGCUACUGGUAGGUGCAUUUAGACCUUUCUUACUAAUCCUAUUUCUCUGUUUAAUUCUGCGUGUUGUCUUCCUUUUAUUCCUGCCGCAGCAGUACUACGAGAAAUGCUGAUGGUGUAAAUUACAAUAAUUUUGUUUAAAUCCUGUUAGUUUUCCUGUAGAAUCUGUUUUGUGUUCAGACACUCUGCCUGGAAGUAUCAUUCCAAGCAUAUGUAUCUGAGUGGUUUGUUGUAUUCAGGAAGAUUAGAGGGUGAGUAACAAGGAAAGGAGAAAGGCAAUCUCUCGCUCUGUAGGAGCAUAUGGCUGUUAUAUUUGUUUUAUAAUUCUUCAUUUUUCAGUGCAAGGAAAAUAACAUUUGCAAGUAAUAACAUGACAUUAAUUGGUAAUGCGAUAAAGUAGUUUGCCUGUACAGAGCAUGUUGAGAGAGAUGCACCUUUUUUUUUUUUCUUUUUCUUUUUUUUUGUGGUACAAGCAAUAGGUAAGAGAUUCUGACCUGAGCCAGGCAUUGCACAAAAACAACAAUAUUAAACGUUUGAUUUGCCUAUCGGGCAGGGUUCUCAUUGUGAUGUUAUAGUAUGCUAUAAUAUGCGAGACCAGGCACAAGUGCCGCCUGAGCUGAGGGUAUUGCUAGGGAGUUACGUGUCAAUCUAGGGAAUGCUACUCGGGUACCUCUGUCCAAGUUAGAGACAACACGCUACGACCUGUGCUUCUCUUUAUGUGAAGCCUGCUAUUUAACUGGGUUGGAGUGAGCGGGAACUGAGGUUAUCAUAACUGAACCAUAACAUACAUAAAUAGCUAUUAUUAAUAGAGUGUUAGCAGUUUGUUAGCUAUUAAGGGUGGUAGUGUAGCUUGUUGUGUGCUUAAAGGACCACUAUAGUGCCAGGAAAACAUACUCUUUUUCAUGGCACUAUAGUGCGCUGAGGGUGCCUGCCGGGCUCUGGGGAGAGGAAGGGGUUAAAAUCUUACCUUUCUCCAGCGCCGGGCGGGGAGCUCUCCUCCAUAGCGACGUCAUCGACUGAAUGCGCAUGCGUGGCAGGAGCUGCGCGCGCAUUCAGCCAGUCUCAUAGGAAAGCAUUUAUAAUGCUUUCCUAUGGACGCUGGCGUCUUCUCACUGUGAAAAUCACAGUGAGAAGCACGCAAGCGCCUCUAGCGGCUGUCAAGAGACCCUGCUAUGUUUAUAGAAAAAAGGGUUAAUCCUAGAUGCACCUGGCAUCGAGACGACUUCAUUAAGCUGAAGUGGUCUGGGUGCCUAUAGUGGUCCUUUAAGUAUAUGGGUGUGGGUGUUAGUGAGUGCCUCAGUCUUUUGAUCAGCCUCGCUUUUCGGUCCUGGGUUUUAGAUAAUAGUGGUGUUUCAUCAAAGGGAGCUAGGGCCAAUUCUAGCUGUUAGUGCCAAGGGAGCUGUUGCGGAUGGUGUAAAGCCCUACCCAUGUAUCCCUAUCUCAUGGAGCAUCACCCCUCCAUUCAAGGUCUUGUAUGGAGGACCGGUAUUUUCCAACUCCUACACAUGGAGGCUAGUUUGGUUGUGGUAACCUUGUCUAGCCAGAUGAACAACAUAAAGUAAAGAAAACUGUUUAAACAAAGGUGAAAUGGUGUGGGAUGAGUGCAGCCCCUUGCUGCCUGUUGCUCGUUUGUAUCUGAGCUUAGUCAUGUCCCGAUGCUCGUGGUCAUGCAAUCCUGUGGGGUAAAGGGGACUGCUGUGGUUGGGUCCCUAGUGAGUGUUCCUCUCCGGUCUCUUGACGCCUCGCCAAGGGCAGACAGUCCCAGUGCCUGCAACAGUGUAGGUGCCUCUUUGGCUGAGGUAAUCUUGUGGCCAGAUCCGCUGUGUGUGGGUCACCGUGAGGGCUCGUGGAGUAGUCCAUUGGUAUGUAACUCCUGUGUUUCUCAGUUGGCUUGUGAUUGGGAGGAGCGUUUUGCGCCAUUGCAAGGUGGACCUCGAUAGGUCUUGGCAGAAGGACAUGCCGGCACCCUCAAAUGUGUAAGGAAUUUGGUUUCGUAGAGCUGAGAGGAGUGCCUUUUUGUCUUGAGCCAGGGCGCAGCGAACUAUAUCGCUCACUGCACUUGUUGGAGCCCUUGGUGAUUUUGGUAGGUGAAACAUGCCAUCAAAAGUGAGCUUUUUGGCUAGUGUCGGUGGCAGUAGUGAGGCCGUUGGUCGUCUUAGAUAGUGGGGCAUUUCUUCCAUGGUGACAGACUCAGGUACCCCUCUUUUAUCGUCAGGUUAUUACGCCUGGAACGGUCCUCCAGCGUAGCGAGGUGCAUGGUGAAUGCUUGCUGUGUUUUUUGGAAGUUUUGCAGGGAGUCCUGCACUGUUGUCACUUCCCGCCUCAUAUCUAUGAUGUCCUCUUCCGUGGCUCUCACCCUGUUGGUAACCACCUGUAAGUCAGCCUGGAUGACUGCUAUGUCCGUGACCAGCUUCAGGCAGAAUUCAGUUGAGAUUUUUAAUAUCCUGCUUGGUGGCCAGGUAAGCCUGCAAUUGUUUGCUUUGGUGCUUGUGGCAGGGUGUGCGCUUGAUGGCAGUCAGGUGUUUGGGUCUGCAGGGGCCUCCUGGUUCUCUGGGGCCACCAUUUUGGGCAGGGCCUGGCGUUGCAAUAGAGCCCCAAUGUCUUGGGAUUCGCUUGGUGUACCUGGUAGAAGUUUCUGUUAGUGUCUCCCCAUGGUUGAGGGCGGGUCAGCCGGUAAGUUGUUGUCUGAGUCGUGCUGGAUGGGGAUGUGAUGUGCCCCAGGAGAUCUUCCAGGCGUGAAGGGAGAUGGUAGGCUGCAGGCCUUUUCCGUCCCCGGCUCCGGAAUUAGCAAAGAACGGCAUGUGCCGAUACCCGGAGUCGCCGGGGUGUGGAUUUUGUUGGAUGGGUUGUGUAUCUGUAGAUAUUCAUCGGAUUGUGCAGAGCGCCGUCGGAGCUGUGGAAAAUGGCGUCCGCUUGAUUCUGCGGUUAAGACCCGCCCCCGUUACGUUUUGUUUUAAUUCAGGGAAUGCAUUUUGUUAUGCUUGCUGCCUAAAUACAUACAGUAUAUACAUACAGCAUUACUUCAGACCAAGGCUUGGAUAAUAAGCGGAGGGCAAUCACAUGAUUCUAGAAGUCCUAAACAGGACUUAGUGGAGGUUGGAAGCAGCACAGAUUUUACUAAUUACAGUGGGGGGGAGUGAGGGGCGCUAAGGCACUCCUGCCACCAUAACCACUACUGCUCAGUAUAGUGGCUAUUCUGCUUCAAGUUGAUCCUUUAACUUCUGCAUAUAUAUCAAAACAGUCUCAUCAUGUUAUUUCUUAUAAAAAUACCUUUUUACUUAAAGGAGCACUAUAGGAUCAGGAGUACAAAUAUAUAUUCCUGACCCUAUAGUGUUAAAACCACCAUCUAGCCCUUCUGCCCGCUACUUGCCCUCCUAAAUAUAGUAAAAUCUGACCUUUAUUCCAGUUACUGCUGGCUCUGCCCCUGAUCUGCCUGCUUGACUGACAUCAGAAGGGAUUCUCUGAGCCAAUCACAAUGCUUUUCCAUAGCAUUGGCUGAGCUUAUUAAGGAGGCAGAUCACGGGUAGAGCCAGCACACGCCAAGCACAGCCCUGGCCAAUCAGCAUCUCCUCGUGGAGAAGCAUUGAAUCAAUGCAUCUCUAUGAGGAAAGUUUAGUGUCUGCAUGCAGAGGGUGGAGACACUGAGUGGCAGUACUGCACAGUGUGCAGCACUGCCCCAGGAAGCACCUCUUACAGCCGUCUGAGGAGUGGCUACUGGAGUUAUUCCUAGGCUGUAAUGUAAACACUGCAUUUGCUCUGCAAAAAAAACAGUGUUAACUGCAAAAAGCCUGAAGGGAAUGAUUAUAUUUACCAGAAUAUACUCAAUAAACUGUAGUUGUUCUGGUGACUAGUGUCCCUGUAAGAGUGACCAAUUAAAGUCAAGCAGUACCUGUUUCUGCUCUGUCAAUCUGAUACUGCUCAAUGUUUAUUAUAUUACUGUUUCUAGUUGUUGUGUUAUUUGAACAGAAGAGGCAACAGAUUCCUCCUCCUUAAAUUUACCUUGUUUUGCUCAGUGGGAACCCAAUCAAUAUGCUUUAGAAAGCCAUCAACAAAAAUAUCAAUAAUCCUAGAUGGACAAAUUUGCAUAGAUUGAGCCCUCGCCACUCAAUAUUGCAAUAAAUAAAUACGCACUUACUACAUAAAACUGUAUGGAGAAGUCACAGGGACUUUCUGUUUGCUUACUCCCUUUAUCUGUGUUGCAGGUAUCUCGUCAUGAGCGUCGUAUUUCCCAGAUCCAGCAGCUGAACCAAAUGCCUCUGUACCCCACCGAGAAGAUAAUUUGGGAUGAGAAUAUUGUGCCCACUGAAUAUUAUUCUGGAGAGGGUAAUUUUCUGUAAACUGAUAUUUCUGUGAUGUUAAAAGCACACAUUCACUGUAAAGGCAAUGUCUUCAAUGCCUUUAUUUAACAGUUUAUUUGCAAACGAGAUGUUUUUAUAACCGCUCUAGAUUUUCACCUACCAGUUCCUGUGCAUGUGCUGUGGCAACAACUCCUCCUUUUGCUGCAGCUAUUUCACACAUUCCUCACCGCCAUUGUGUUCUCUGUCUGCCCCGUGCUCCUCUCCUUGCGUUAAUGUUCCGUCCGCUCCUCUCAGUGCUGCUCCCAUCUGUUCUGCCUGCUGUUAGAAAUGUCGACCUGUGCUCCAGAUGCUUUAACCCUUUAUUCCUGGACUAUUCCGUGGGUGACGUAUUCCAUGAGUGACCCAUUGCGCACCUUUACAAUCUCUGAAGAGGGGAGGAGUGACUGUCAUCAGAAGGGAUAACCUUGAAUCUAUUCAUUCAAAUGCAAAAAUAUGGGAGCCUAAAAAUGCAAACACCAGUUGUGGGGAAAAAAAAAAGUUUACAGUUUACCUUUAACCCCUUAAGGACCAAACUUCUGGAAUAAAAGGGAAUCAUGACAUGUCAUGUGUCCUUAAGGUGUUAAAAAAAAAUCAUAAAUUUUGUUUGAAAUAUGCAACUUUGGGUAAAUAUAUACAUACAUGAUGGGUGGAGUAUCUUGGUCCAGAAUAACAGAUUGUGGUGUAAAUACAAAUAUAAAUGGAAUAGCUGUGAAAACACAAUAGUAGACAGGCACCUAGUGCAAUAUCGUACAAUAUAAAAAUGACACAAUUCAAAGCCAAUAUGGUUGUACUCACAAGGAGAGAGCCAGAAAUGUAUGGCUCAAUCUAGGCGCCCGUGGGAUAAUCAAAGGGAUCCCACUCCCUUGGUAUGUGUGGAUGGUCCUCUGUUGUUUCCAAUAAGGAAUGUCCACAUCAAUUAUUAUGAAGAACUAAGUAACUUUUAAUAAUCAAACAAAAAUAAAAUAUAAAAGUAUGAAUAAAAUAGCAGCAAUAAAUAAGUCCUCUAUGGGAUGCAAAAUAAGUCCUCUAUGGGAUGCAAGACGCGUUUCGCCUAAGUCCUAGGCUUCCUCAGUUGCAGUUGUUACCUUCUACUGGUGCUCUUUUACGCAUAUGCGUUCCAACAAACGAUUUGAAUGAAGAAGUGGCGUACAGGAUGUGCGUCAUAAGUACGUGACCGGAAGUAAACACACUUGUAUACAAGUGGAACACAUAUGCGUUCCAACAGUGAUUGAAUGCAGAAGUCGUGAGCCGGAAGUACGUCACGGGCAUGCGACCGGAAAUCGAAACAUCGCGCCAACACGAAGUGGAGGAAUUUACCGAACACACUGGACAUAAAAGAGCACCAGUAGAAGGUAACAACUGCAACUGAGGAAGCCUAGGACUUAGGCGAAACGCGUCUUGCAUCCCAUAGAGGACUUAUUUUGCAUCCCAUAGAGGACUUAUUUAUUGCUGCUAUUUUAUUCAUACUUUUAUAUUUUAUUUUUGUUUGAUUAUUAAAAGUUACUUAGUUCUUCAUAAUAAUUGAUGUGGACAUUCCUUAUUGGAAACAACAGAGGACCAUCCACACAUACCAAGGGAGUGGGAUCCCUUUGAUUAUCCCACGGGCGCCUAGAUUGAGCCAUACAUUUCUGGCUCUCUCCUUGUGAGUACAACCAUAUUGGCUUUGAAUUGUGUCAUUUUUAUAUUGUACGAUAUUGCACUAGGUGCCUGUCUACUAUUGUGUUUUCACAGCUAUUCCAUUUAUAUUUGUAUUUACACCACAAUCUGUUAUUCUGGACCCAUCAUGUAUGUAUAUAUUUCUAUUGUGUUUUAAGUGUGGAUAAGAGAGGUUGCCACACGGGUGUUUUUGUGAGUUACUUGGGAUUCCUUUGGGUGACACGCUCGGACUCUGUAUUUGUAUUUUUCAACUUUGGGUAAAUGUUUAUACAAAUUUACUUAUUUGCAGUCCGUGCAAAAAAAGGAGUCAAUGGAUGCUUUGUUCAACACUGACGUAUAUUAAAACAUCUAUAUAUUGUGCUGUGUAACAAAUCUAUUUUGAUAUUUUUCAUUAAAGAAUAUGGUCCCUCUCCCACCUGUGAAUAAGGUUUCAGCGUUAGCAUAGAAAUAUUUGAAAAAAUGUUUUACACCAGAACCCCCAUAUGCAAUAAGGGUUCUGAUGGGGUUGUCUAGUGAGGGUAACAAGGGGGUAACCCUACAUUGAGCAUUGAAUACUCCAGACAAAAAAAAAAAAUACUUCCUGUAAGGACAGCAGAAGUUAUAAACUCUCACCAAUAAAACUUACAUAAACUUUAUUAGUUAAUUGAUUAAAAUGUAAUGAUAGUCGAAUACUACUUGAAACUAGGAGCUGCCUCAUAAAUCAAUAGAACAAUUGAAAAAAUGUAAAGGAAAAUAAAUUCACCAUGUAUUUAAAUCUGCAUAAAUCUCUAACGAACAAUUGAGUGACAGGGGAGAGUAGGAGAACCGUACUGCAGGCUUAAUCGGCUCCCUGUCACAUGCUGAGACAAUAAAACUGAAGCUACUCUGUUCAGCCGCCAAUGUGCUGGCAGUGAAACAGUGUCCGAUUCACUGAUGAGUAUUUUCUUUCUUGGGAAAGUGUCCCCAAUCAGGGUCAUUCAUAUCAGACAGAGGCUUGAGCAAGGCGAGAUCGGAGGAUCGAGAAUGCCUACAAAUCUGAGAGGAUGGCAGAACACUAUGGCAACUGCUUUUGCAAAUAAUGUGCCAUUUACUUUUAUGAUAAAGAAUAUAAUUACUACUUUAGGAGCUUAAAAUGAAUCUGUUCAUUAGCAGCAUUCUUCAAUAUGUUCAUGGUAAGAUCUGUUUUAAAAUGAGUUGAUUAGGGUUCUCAUGCAGUCUUUUUCUACCAUUAGGUUGCUUGGCAUUGCCAAAGUUGAACCUGCAGUUCCUUACACUACAUGAUUACCUUCUGCGCAAUUUCAACCUCUUCCGCUUGGAGUCAACGUAUGAAAUCAGACAGGACAUAGAGGAUGUAGUCUGCAGAAUGAAGCCCUGGUAAGUCGCACCUCGGGGAGCUCCUGCACUGUCAUACUCAAUCAAAGGAUAUGGGAAUAUUCCUUGAUUGGUUGGCAUUAGCAGUUUUCACAGUGAUUAAGUACAUGAUUAUAGCAUUGAUGCUGCUUUGAAUUUCUGUUUCUAUGGAUCCUUGAUUUGUGAUCUCCUAAUGAACUGGUAGUUAACUGCCUGUUUAAUGUUGUUGUUUUUUUUUAAACCAGAUCUAAAAGACUUGGCAUACCAACAGAUUAUUACUGGUGUAUCACUUAGCCAUUCUCCUCUAAAUAGUAUUUUGCUAGCAUACACUGAAACGUUCUACUGUAACAGAGUUGUCCUCCAAACUGGUUUAUGAAAACAGGAAAGAUGAACCUUACUCUAGAAUUUUAUCUCCUUUUUAUGUCCAUUGUAACACUACUGUAGAUUGUCAGUACAUCUGUCGCUAUUCAGUGCAUGCCCAUGUUAUAUACUUUUUUAUAGGGAUAUUGGCUCUCUAAAAGCUUAAGUGAAGGCUGCAGGGAUUGUUAAUUGAACUGGAAAUUGCAAAGCAUUAAGUUGCUUUUAUGACAAACAGCUGAAUUGGAAAUAUAACCGGGAUGAGUAAAUUUGGCAAUUCCUGGUUUGUUGCAAAUGAUUCUUUUCCCAUUUUAACAAUUUACAUUAAGUACAUUGUUUGAACUUGACAACUCAUUCUUUAAGUGUAAUGCAAGAAACAUUAUAUUACAUUUCGCAGAACACUUUCAGAUGUUGAGGGGUAUUAAUUGCAAUGGAAAUAACCGUGCCAGUACAGUGUAGGCGGUUGUAUUGGAGGCGAAGAAUUGAUGUGCCUGUUUCAUCCACUAGGUGCCCAAAUUAGGGUCCACACUCUAGGGUUAGACAGUAGGGGCUGGAAUUGACAGGAACAGGGGUAUACGGCUCGGCAAGAGCGGCACGUUCUGGGAAUAGCAACCGCACCCCAGGUACUUAUAACAGACCUGUAUUGCCAGAAAAAUAGAGUUGAGUUGUGGGGUUUUAACAGGGGUUCAAACCAGUGUACACCAUCUUGAUUGGCCCUUGCUACUCGACUGCAUUGCUGAGCAUUGUACUUUUUUUCCCCACAAAAUGUCAGACCCAUACCCCUAUCACGCUUUAACAAGGGGAGGCAGAAAGAUGGGAGACUACUGCGAAUGUUAUAGUUGUAGUCUACAUGCAAUCUGCUGCCCUUUUUUUUUCUUUCUUUUUUUUUUAAACUGGAAACCCUUUUGUGUUUCCUCCUCUCUUUACCGAUACAUAUUCUUGCUAUGUCUAUCUCGGUCUCUAUUGUGAAAUGUAAUAUUACUGUCCGCCUAAACUCUUAUAAAAUAAAUAUUGUCAAAAGAAAGAAACCAGUGAUCUAUGUGUAACCUAAUUCAAAGUGAAUUGAGUGUUAUGUCAAAAAACACACCUUACUCGGACAUCCGUUAUUUGGUGACUUGAAAGUGUGCGUUAGAGACUAUUCGUGCAGCAAACCCACAUUUAACAUGUCAUAGGCUAGCUAGACUUGGACACUGAUUACAAAACAAAUUUACAUCACUUUUCUAUCUGCUGGUUAAUUUUUCACCACAAGAUGGCAGGCUUCUCCAGAACUCCAUUUCCAUUGACAAUAAUCUGUGUAACGUGAGACAGCCCUCUGAGAAUGCUGGAGGUACGCUGAGGCUAAACCAAGUCAGGAUCCGUGUUGCUAGAAAGCACAUCUAGUAAUUAAAAUAUGAUUUAAUGUCAUAUCCACUACUUUUCCACCCUUCACAAUAUAUACUCUUUUUUAAACGCGAUGCAUGUGCCUUAUUGUGAGCGAUUAUGAUUCCAAGUGCUGAGUUUAUCCCCUUGGCAUUUUCCACAGAUCCCCAUGCCUGCCACGCUAAGUAGUAGUAGCGACUGGUGGAAUCCGAGCCUUGUCUCUGCUUCAUAUUACAGCUAUUUCAGGAUGCUGAGUUUGCUUGUCUUUGAUGAGUAACCCCUCUCACAGUUCGGCUCUGUCUCGCUCUGCAAUCCCUUAACCUCUUCCAAAGCUUUUAUUAUUCCAAUGACACUUGUGUAGAAUUACUCUGAAAUAGUUUUUCUGUUAACCUGUGCUAGAAUAAUAUUUAUUCUAUCAUUUGCGAUUUGACGGUCAGUUCAAAAUACUCACAAUUCCUCGUUUACUGAACAACUCAGAUUUUAUGGUAAACAGGAAAUACUAGUUAUAUUAACUCCUAGACAAUUUUUUUUUUUUUUGUAUGCAGUUGAAAUUGUUUUUUUGUUUGUUUGUUUGUUUUUUUCCUCAAAAAAGCGGUUGAUAUUUUGAACUGGUCAGAUAGUUCAUUCCAGGCUUGAGAAACACAAUGUGACAUGACUCUUUGUACAUGGUACAUUUUUUUUUUUUUUUUUUAAAUCCCUGACAACUCUGCAAUGUUUCCCCAACACAGGCAAUCUGAAUAUGGUGGUGUCGUUUUUGGAGGAUGGGCUCGAAUGGCUCAACCCAUCGUGGCUUUCUCCGUAGUGGAAGUAGCAAAACCGAACAUUGGGGAAAACUGGCCAACGCGUGUCCGUGCUGACAUAACCAUAAAUCUCAAUGUUCAGAACCAGAUCAAGAAUGAAUGGGAAGGUAUGGAAGUAGUAGUCUUUUUUUCAUAUAGUGGCAGAUCCCUCCGAUUACAGAAGCAUGGACAUAUACUGCCUUACAUGAUUCCAGAUAGCUGCCUCACCUUCAAUGUAAAGACAUAUAGCUAAUUCAAUCAAGAACAGCUUUAGCUUGUUCCUUCAAAAUACAACUUAAGAAACAUGAGCGUCUAUUUGUGAAUAAGAUCUGCAGUAGGUUAAAGGGACACUGCUGUCACAUAUUCUUGUUUUUUUUUAUUUUUAUUUUUUUGCUACGUCUACCCUCGUUUACAUGUUUUCAGUGUUUGUUGUGUCUGCAGUAGAACAGCUGUGACUUCACCAGAUGUUUUUAUCCUAAAUAAUUGCACAGACUCUAUAUAGUUCUAUGCAUAUCUGGCUGUUAUUAGUUUCAUGCAAACCGUGGCAGAGAAGAGGGUUAAAAGGUGCAACUCCAAAAUGCCCUCCUAGUCCUGGUAACUUAAAAAGCUAUUUCUAUCAGCCCUAUAGCAGCUUCACAGCACAGUGCUUUACAUGCUGCAGUUUGUACUUAAAAUGAAUACAUUGAAUUGUCUGUUGUUGUGGAAUAAUAUAUUGGAGCUUUACAAAUAUUAACCCUAGAAUUAUGUCACGUUAUUUGUUUUAAAUCUUUUGCACUGACCAUGUGUUGACAUAACCCAAACUUGUUUGAUAUGUUUGAGCUGUACUUACUUUAUUUUUAAUUUAUUUACGAAUCGAUCUAGUACUGACACAUUUGAUUGAGAUAGUCGCCCAAACCACCUUAUUGACUUUGAAUAAGACAUUUACAAUUUGGUACAUUGCAGUUUUUUCCUUCACAAUUUAGCACUCGAGGAAUUAACACCAGAACAGAUUACACGUAGAUACUCCUUUUGUGCAUGGCUCGUGUGUUAUUAUAAUUGACCUGAUGGAAGCUAAGUGUGUCACUUCCCCAAAACCAUCCAGUGAGAAGCUCAACUGAAAAUAAAUCAAUUUUUAACUGUAGAGGGUCGAGUGUCCAUGCAGCCUGGACACGGAGGUGUAAUUUAUAUGUUGCCCUAUAAGUAGGCUGCAGGAUAGUGCCAGCUGGCACAGAACAGCAUAACAUAUCCCCGUAAGGUCUCCGUCCUGGGGGAUCUCACUUAAGGUGACAUUUGUUGGCACUGUAAGUGAGCCCCAUGUGUUCAGCUAGCACUGAGACUGGAUCUGCCAAGGCAGCUCACGUGCCACUGUCCAUCCCCAGAUGUCUGGCAUGACUACAGAACAGGAAGAGAUGGCACAAAGUGCCUGGCUGCACGCUUCUGUGUAUUUCGUUACGUUGUUUGAGUUGGUCAUUAAUCUCUCACUGUUGUCUUUGCGAUCUGAUCAUUCGUAAAAAACGGAAAACAACAAUGCAUAGGUGCUUAAAAAAAAUAAAAAAUAAAAACUUAAUUACUUGUACGGUGUUGUAGCUUUUUAAAUUCAAGUAUAGUCUCAGAACUGAAACUCUUUGUCAUACUGUUUGCAAAAUAUUAGCGCAAAUAAUUAUAUCUUAAGGCUUGAUAAACCACUCUAGAUAUUCUAAUCUCAUUCAGAAGAAGAAGAAACGAUCUCAGGGAAUGUCAUCUAAUGUCCUUUCUCUCUGUCAUGUGAUGACUCUGUCUCAUAGAUAAUACAAUAAUCUGAUAAGAAAUUCAUGAGUAAAAGUGUAAAAAAAAAUAAAAUAAAAAUUAUUAAACAAUAAAGAUACUGAUCCAGUGUAGUUAAAAAUGCAAUACUUUAUUAGAAAAGAUGAAAAAAUAUAUAAUUAAAUUAAACUAGUGCUUGCCGUCUUGCCAGUUACGAAAUACAGGCGUACACAGUUACAAUAUGUAUCUAGUACAUGGUUAGUCUGUUGUUCGUUGAAGAAUGAUACAUAAAAUCCUGUGACUCAGACCUGAUAAGAAUUCUCGGCGUCCCGAGUGGUUGUCAAGCUGUUUGAUGUUACAGGAUUUCUGUGAAGAUUGAUGUGCCGCUGUGUAAAGGUCCUGGGUAAGGAUGAUAAGGUGUCAGCUUCCAAACGCGUUUCUCCGCUCCUGCGGAUUUAUCCAUUGAUAAAUUCUUAUCAGGUCUGAGUCACAGGAUUUUUUGUAUCAUUCUUCAACGAACAACAGACUAACCAUGUACUAGAUACAUAUUGUAACUGUGUACUCCUGUAUUUCGUAACUGGCAAGAAUGCAAGCACUAGUUUAAUUUUAUUUCUACUUUUCUAAUAACGUAUUGUAUUUUUAACUAUACUGGAUCAGUAUCUUUAUAGUUAUAAGGUUACAUACUUUUAAACCUUACUAAGUGCUUUUACAAAUCUGCAUAUUGGUGAAAGAGUGUGCAUAAUAGCUAUGAAUAUAUAAGGCUGGAUGUAAGGAUCAUUUUUAUACAAUACACUGCAUCAUAGAACACUUAAAAUGUAUCUUAUUUUUUUUUUUUUACACUUUUACUUAUACAUUUCUUAUCAGAUUAUUGUAUUAUCUAUGAGACAGUCAUCACAUGAGAGGGAGAGAGGACUUCUAAUCUUUUAUAUUCUUAACUAUAGGUUAAUAGGUUCCAUAUUCCUCUCUACCCAUCUAACUUUACUGCAUUUAAGCAGUAAACUGUCUACUUAUCUUUCUUUAUUUUUUUCCCUCUACUUUUGCUCCACUUAAAGGACCACUAUAGUGCCAAGAAAACAAACUCAUUUUCCUGGCACUAUAGUGUUAAUAGGUCCCCUCCACCCUCUGGAUCCCACUCCUGCUGGACUCUAGGGAGAGGAAGGGGUUAAACACUUAACCUUUCUCCAGCGCUGGGCUCCCUUGACGCUGGGGACUCUCCUUCCUCUUCUGAUGUCAUCAGCCUAAUGCGCAUGCACGGCAAGAGCCGCACGCGCAUUCAAUCAGUCCAUAGGAAAGCAUUUCUUAAUGUUUUCCUAUGGACGUUGGCGUCUUGUCACUGUGAAAAUCACAGUGAGAAGUGCGGAAGCGCCUCUAGCGGCUGUCAGUGAGACAGCCACUAGUGGCUGGAUUAACCCUAAUGUAAACAUAGCCGUUUCUCUGAAACUGCUAUGUUUUCAGCUGCAAGGUUAAUACUAGAGGGACCUGGCACCCAGACCACUUAAUUGAGCUGAAGUGGUCUGGGUGCCUAUAGUGGUCCUUUAAAAGAUCACUAUAGGGUCAGAAACACAAACAUGUUUUCCUGACCCUAUAGUGUUAAAACCACCAUCUAGCCCCCUGGUCCCCUCAUGCCUCCAUAAAUAUAGUAAAAAUCUUACUGUAUUUAAGCCUGAAGCUGUAACUCUGCAUGCUGUUUGUCUCAGAAAAACAAGGUCUGCUGACAUCAUCAGAAGUGGUAGCCUGAUCCAAUCACAAUGCUUCCCCAUAGGAUUGGCUGAGACUGACAAAGAGGCAGAGCCAGCAUGAUUCAAACACAGCCCUGGCCAAUCAGCAUCUCCUCAUAGAGAUUAAUUGAAUCAAUGAAUCUCUAUGAGGAAAGUUCAGUGUCUGCAUGCAGAGGGAGGAGACACUGAAUGUUUGGAUGCAUUUUAGGCAGCCAUGACCCAGGAAGGAUCUCUAACAGCUAUCUGAGGAGUGGCCAGUGAAGUUAUCACUAGGCUGUAAUGUAAACACUGCAUUUUCUCUGGAAAGACAGUGUUUACAGCAAAAAGCCUGAAGGUAAUGAUUCUACUCACCAGAACAAAUUCAAUAAGCUGUAGUUGUUCUGGUGACUAUAGUGUCCCUUUAACUUUUAUUUUUAAUGUCAUCUGAUGGUUGGAAUGUAGAUUAAACUCCACCACCAAAAUUCCAAGUAAUUUCUCUGAAAGUGACUUUAACACAUUUCCACAACACCAGUAAACAUUAUUACAAAGAAAAUAAGUGUUUAAAAAAAUUAAAUUAAAAAAAACUUUCCUGUGCUGCAUGUCACGGUGCAAAAUCUCACAUGUGACAGUUAAUCUUAAACUCAGACAGGUUGACUGAAGCGAACAGGCUUUUCGUUCUUCUUCCUUCGUUCUCACUGCUACAACAUUGUGUUAAAUCAUAGUAGUGCAAAGUGCCUCUUGUAUGGAAAAAUCUUAAUACCGUGGCACAAGUUUUUCUUGUCGUGGCUUCUCCUAUGGUAUGAUAAUUGGAGCGGUAUGUGCAGGAAAAAUGAAAUUCUUGUAAUCAGACUAUAAUCAGUCUUCUCUUAAUCUGGCUGAGUUUAUACUAAAACAGAUUCAGCAGGCAUGGCAAAGGUUUAAAUAUUGUACACUGGUGACAUAAUUAAAAGAGAGCAAAGAUAUGGUUUCUCUUUACUGUGUUCCAUUAUUCAGUGCUUACUGAACUCCCACUGGACGUCUAGAACUGCUGUGAUCUUUUGUGACACUGGAAUGAUUGCUCAUAGAGGUGACCUGCAAAUCACUUUAUUCUAACUUUACAUCCAGCAAAGACAGCUGUAUUUAGACUACUAGAUAGUGUGUCAGCGAGAAAGAGCUUAUAGUCCACCUGGACAUCCAAACAACAGCUGGAAUACAGCUGUCACAGUGCUUCUCGUACUUUUUUAUUUUUUUUAACGCUACAUGUUACAUUAAAAAAACUGUGCUCUUGCACCUGUCAUUGCCAUUAUUACCUUCUUCCAAUUCUAUUUGCCCAUCCCCCUCAGCCUGAAGCUCAGUCCUACUCCCAUAGUCUCCCCAAGAUUCAGUGGCCCGUAGCCCAUUUCAUCACAUGGCUUGUCCCUUCUUCUUGAUUACAAGACCUUCCAGCAAGGAGACCUCAUUUUCUGGCAUGCCUGCUCCGUAUGGCUGUGCUCUGUACCUUGAGCUUAUUCUGCUUUCGUUCUCAUCUAUGGCCUUUAGCAUCAUGGUCAACCCAAUCGUACAAGGCAAUCAACCAACCAAUUUGUCAAAUGCUACUAAUUAAAAGUCAUUUGGAUUGGAAUCGGCUUACAGUAGACUAUUCUAAGUGGACAUUAUGCAGAAACCUCAUAAUACUUUUCCAGGGAUUAAAUAUACUUAAAAAUUGCCACUUUGUAGGCCAUUGGAUUUUUCAUGAAUCAGAAUUGUACACAUUAUAUUUUGUUGAAUGGGCACAUUUUCUCAACUCAUCCUGGUCUUUUUUUUUAAUGAGACGUCUAUUGAAUAGUGCGUUCAUUUUGGCCAGGUGUAACUCAGAUUGUACUUUGAAAAUCUAAACGAUUUCCUUGCUGUGCAUAUAAAAAAAUUAAGAAUCUUGGUUUCAUGUACAGUAUCCCAGCAAAACAUGGCUUUAAGGGGACACCACCACCAAAAAGAAAAAUAGAUUUCAUUUUUGGAGCGAGUUGCUGUUACAUUUCUUGGAAGAUUGUAAUGAGCAAUUGUCUUAUUUCAUGUUGCAGUCUCUUAACCGAAUGAGUGCUGUAUCGUGAGAGGGUCAUUUCGCAAAAAAAAAAACUAACACUUUACAAUUCUUCCAGGCCUCCGGAAACAUGAUGUCUGCUUCCUUGUCACUUUGCAACCUACUUUACCAUACGGCACUAAGAUUGAUCGGCGACAGUCCAUUGUUGAGCAGACUGGUCUGCUGUAUGUGAGAGGCUGCGAGAUUCAAGGCAUGCUGGAUGAGAAGGGACGCGUCGUAGAGGAAGGUAAAAUGUCAUUGCGGCUAUCUGCACGUUUACAAAACAAACCUGGCAACUACGAACAAUAAACAUUCCACAGCCCGCCAACUGAUUUAGACAUUACUGCUCUCAGGCAACAGUUUAGAAGACAAGAGAGCACUCCUAUAACAUCCCUGUACUAGUUAUACAUAUUAAUGGAAUUACUUAAAUCCUUAAGCCUUAACAGGACACUAUAGUAACCAGAACAACUACAGCUUAAUGUAGUUAUCUGGUGUCUACAUGAAAAUGCCUGCAGGCACAGGCUAUAAACACUGCCUUUUCAGAGAAAGCAUUAGAUUGGCUGGAAUCAUUACUUCUGAUGAUCUCAGCCAAUGAGGCUGAUUAGGGGAGGAGCUAUUAAAUGGGGUUAAGGGGGGAGGGAAAAACACCUAAAUUGUGCUUUAAAAACUAUAGGGUCAGGAAUACACAUUUGUAUUAAUGACGCUAUAGUGUUCCUUUGCUUAUUUUGACUUACAUCUGCCUUGGAGAAAUAAACAGUGUGUUGAAAUGUUUAGGAAAACAUCCUAAACGAUCUGUCCUACAGUGAUGAUUGUGUGUAUUAUUUAAAAAGUGCUACCUUUGUAUGCUGACAUUAUUACAAUGACCAUUUCCCUGUUUCAAUGUGUAGGACCAGAACCAAAACCCAAACUCAAAGGAGACAGCAGAACUUACCGCGUUUUCUUAGAUCCCAACCAGUACCAACAGGACAUGACUAGGACUAUCCAGAGUGGCUCUGAGGAUGUCUAUGAAACGUUCAAUCUGAUCUUGAGGCGGAAACCCAAGGAGAACAAUUUCAAGGUAAAGUAAGGUGUUUAUGAUACAGCCUUCCCGUGUGAUGUAUGAUUAUACAGGGAGAGGAAACAGGGACAACAACGUUAUAGGUGCAUAACAGUGUGUGGGCUUUGCUUUUUCUUUUUGUUUUUUAGAAUCUCAAUUGAAAAUCUAUAUCUGAGUUGAAUAUUUUCAUUUAACUUGUAUAGGGACUUGAACAGUUGCAUACUAAGCAGUAUUGUAGUAUUGCCUUGCAGACAUUAUCCUCUGCCUGGUCCGAGUAAGCCGCUCUCUGCUUGCUGGGACAGGAGGGGUAUGCUGAGAGCGGCUUUAUCAGUCCUGGUAGGGGAAAAUAAAGCUCCUCUAGCAAGACCUGCAAAGCCAUGUUACAGGAAUGCAAGAGACACAAGAGGAGGAAUCAUGGCAUGGGGAUAAGAGUCAAAUGGGGAGAAGGACACUAUGGUGGGUGGGUAAGAAAAGAGUGUUGGAGUAGGAGACACUACAUGGGGGGGUGGUAAGAGAUACAUAGGGAACUAUGAGCCACUAAUAGAGGGAUAAUGGAUACAUAGGGAAAUAUGAGAUACUGCAUUGGGGUAAGAGGCACUUAGUGGUGUACGAGAUGCUGCGUUGGCGAUAAGAGGCACAUAGGGGAGUAUGAGAUGCUGCGUUGGGGGUAAGAGGCACAUAGGGGAGUAUGAGAUGCUGCGUUGGGGGUAAGAGGCACAUAGGGGGUAUGAGCUGCGUUGGGGGUAAGAGGCACGUAGGGGAGUAUGAGAUGCUGCGUUGGGGGUAAGAGGCACGUAGGGGAGUAUGAGAUGCUGCGUUGGGGGUAGGAGGCACGUAGGGAGUAAGAGGCACAUAGGGGAGUAUGAGAUGCUGCGUUGGGGGUAAGAGGCACAUAGGGGAGUAUGAGAUGCUGCGUUGGGGGUAAGAGGCACAUAGGGGAGUAUGAGAUGCUGCGUUGGGGGUAGGAGGCACAUAGGGGAGUAUGAGAUGCUGCGGUGGGGGUAGGAGGCACAUAGGGGAGUAUGAGAUGCUGCGUUGGGGGUAGGAGGCACAUAGGGGAGUCUGAGACACUACACUGGGGGUGGCAAUGUUGGCAUGGGAGUAAGAGGAGGGUGGUGGGGGGGGGAGUAUGAGAUACUACUUGGGGUUGUCAAUGGUGACAUGGGGGUGUACGAGACAUAGUAGGCUAUGAAACAUGGUAGGGCAUUGGUGACACAAGGAAGGGGGUAAGAGACCAAAAGGGGAAUCUUCAUAACUGAGUAAAAAGCUGGUUAGCACAGGGUACAGGUGCCAUUUUAUUGUUUAGAUUUGCUUGGCAGGUUCACUUUAAUGCUAAACAUUCUCAUUCAAUUCAUGAUGUAGUUGUGCAAUAACAAGUUACUGAUGAAUUGUGCGUCUUUCAGCAUCGUACUAAUCAUGUCUGUAUUUAUCGAGAUAUAGCUUAUUUUUAAAAAUGUGGCGACUAUCUCCGUUUAGCAUUCAUGAACAUUUCUGGUCACGCUGUGGUGCAUUUUGCAAACACCAAGCCACGAAUCUCUGUACGUGGAUUGUGAACUGCCUUAAGCUCACUUUUUACUCCGUAAGGUGUUUCCUGACCUGUGUGGAAGUAAAACAGUUAAUGCCAAGGAUCUCAUUGGAGAUAGCUCCUAGGUUUCACAUUUCUCUGGGCUUAACGAGGGUACAGAGAAGGACGGCCAAGCCCUGGAUGGUUAGCUAAUGUGACAGUGUUUGAUGCUGAUAUGUAAUAAUGUUAGGAGAUAUACAUAACACAAGUUACAGAGCUCCCAACACUGCAUUUGUCUCAGUCUGGAAGAUGAAUGUACAUUAAUUUUAACGUGGUGCCAAAACUCUGAGUGUUUACGGAAACGUCUGCAAAAUGUUUAUAUUUUAGCCUUUGGCACCUAAGAGCUACUUACCAUAAAACCUGUAUCUAGGCUUCUGUUGGAUUUAAAGAAUUAAACCAUAUUAAUCAGAGCUUUGCAAUCCAUCACAAUAAAAACUUUCCAUUCACAAUUCAUUUAUUUUUCCUUUUACUUGGGAAGGUAGAUCGUUGUUAAUUUUUUACAUUUGUGCAGUAAGAAGUCAGUUAUAUCACUUAUAAAUCCGCUAGCGUGCAUUGCAAAUCUUGCUGUGAAACCCCCAAAUUGGUAGCAGAACUGAUGUUUCGUCACUGGCUUAUUGUAGUAGAAACAAUAGAUUUGCAUGCUGUGUUGUGAUUGAGUGGUAAGAGAGUCUUUCUGUAGACCAACCCACUAGAUACUUGAUAAGAACAUUUUCUCUUUAUUCAGUGAAGAACAAAACUAAUGACAUUUUGACAUAUCUAACAAUACAUAAAGGAUGACUACUUCUGUUGCUUAAUAGAAAGUCUCCUAAUUUAUUCUGACAUCUCCAUUUCUUCAUGUAUCACAAUUGUUCUUGGCAGGCUGUGCUUGCAACCAUCCGGAAACUGAUGAACACGGACUGCGUUGUGCCAGAUUGGCUCCAUGACAUAAUCUUGGGUUACGGAGACCCAGGCAGUGCCCAUUACUCAAAAAUGCCCAAUCAGAUCUCAACUCUUGACUUCAACGACACAUUUCUGAGCCUGGAUCACCUGAAAGCCAGCUUCCCUGACUACAAGGUUAAGGUGACGAUGGAGGAUCCUGCCCUGCAUAAGGCUCCUUUUAGGUAACGAGCGUCUAAAGUUCAGUCAACAAGCUUUGGAAACAAUGAGGGAGACAUUUCAAGUGUAGUGAUCUGAAAAGUGAUGUAAAGUUUUAAAAGUGGGGCAAUCACUGUGGAAACCAGUGAAGACAACACGGGCAUCCACUUAGUUAUUAACCCCACUGUGACCGCAUUGCAUUGCUUUACGAUCACAACACUAUGGUAAAAUUUCCCCAGUGUGUCCUGUGCAUGUAACAUGUCUCUUUUCUCAGAAUCACCUUUCCAGUCUAUGGUGGGAAAGGGAAGAAACGGAAGGAAGAUGGUGAGGAAGAAACUGGACCGGAAGAGCCCCCCACGUUGGUUGUUGAGCCUCAUGUGAUCCCGAACCGUGGGCCCUAUCCUUAUAACCAGCCAAAACGGUAAUUUUGAAAUUCAGUAUGCUGUAUCCCUAAACAGAGCUAGCAUAUAUAAUAGGGACAGUAUAAUUUAUUUCCACAUGAACCUCUGACCCAUCACCCCUAAAAUCAGAUUAAAAACCUAACCUUUUUGAAUAUUUCAUAAACAUUUUCUUGGUUACUAAAUCUUUUAAAAUGCAUUUCACCUCUCACGAUCCUUCCUCAAAAACAUUUUCAUGUUCCAUGUUACAUAAUGUAAACCUUUACUCUUGACAAAUGAUAUUACAAUAAAUAAAUUGGAUUAUAAUUCUAAAUUUCUAUAUUGUCAUUUAUUCAAUAGAACAUGUUUAUUCCUAUAAUUGUCGUGUUGAGUUUGUUUGUAUUAUUAUUAUUAUUUUUAUUUUACAUUUAUUGUGUUUGCUUUACAGCAACACCAUUCAAUUCACUGCAACCCAGACAGAAGCUAUCCGAGCGGGCAUGCAGCCUGGUCUUACCAUGGUAAGAGUCAUAGAAAGUUACCUUUAUCUAUAUGUCGAAUACUUACAUUGCCUGUACUUUGUGUGAGAUACGGAUAUCCCAUGUUGCAUACAGAGCUGUGUGAUACAGAUAUCCAAUGUUACAUACAGAGCUGUGUGAGAUUCAUAUAUCCCAUGUUACAUGCAGGGCUGUGUGUGAGAUACGGAUAUCCCAUAUUUACAAACAGGGCUGUGUGUGAGUUUACGGAUAUCCCAUGUUUUACAUGCAGGGCUGUGUGUGAGAUACAGAUAUCCCAUGUUACAUACAGAGUUGUGUGAGAUUCAUAUAUCCCGUGUGAGAUACAGAUAUCGCAUGUUACAUGCAGGGCUGUGUGUGAGAGAUACGGAUAUCCCAUGUUACAUACAUAGCUGUGUGUGAGAUACGGAUAUCCCAUGUUUUACAUGCAGGGCUGUGUGAGAUUAGAGAAUCCUAUAUUAUGAACAGGUUUUCAUACAAUCUCUUAUUACUAUUGCAUAUUUGUUCACCUGUGACUUUAAUUUUUGAGAUAUUUACAGAUUUGAAAUUGACUUUGCCGUAGUUAUAGAAUCCACCUUGAGACUCGCAGAACAUUUUCAUGCUUUAUCAUAAAGGCUAGGUUUGUCAGUAACUGUGUAUCCAGUGCUCUGCGAAUACUGCAUGUGAGACCAACAGGAGGCAAAUGAGACAGACUCCAUCUGUCAGUCUGCCCUUCACUGCACCUGUCAGUCUCCUCCUGCCAUGGUUUAGUUGUAUUUAGUAUGAAAAAUAAUUCCACAAAAUGAGAUUACAGUGAGCAGUUGUCUUCCUUCCUGUCUAUUACAUUACAGAAUAACUUUAACUUUAGUGCUAUGAUUACAUAUUCUUUAAAAACAAAAAUGUUUAAUUUAUUUUGUGGAAAUGAACUACCAAAUACUUAGUGUUAUUCUUUAAAGGGACACUGUUGUCACUAGACUAACUACAGCUUAAUGUAGUUGUUCUGGUGACUGUUGCCAGUCCCUGCAGGCUUUUUAAUGUAAACACUGUUUUUUCUGAGAAUAGGCAGUGUUUACAUUACACCCUAGGGACACCUCCAUUGACCACACCUCAGCCACUAGAGGUGCUUCCUGGGGCAGUGCUGCACAAUGAACUUUCCCCAUAUAGAUCCAUUAAUUCACUGCAUCUGUAUGAGUAGAUGCUGAUUGGCCAGAGCAGCAUUUGGCUCUGCCCACAGCCUGCCUCUUUGAUGAUCUCAGCCAAUCCAAUGCAUUCCCGUGGAAAAGCAUUGUAAUUUGCUGAGAUCAUCACUUCUGAUGAUGUCAGCCAAGGAGGCAGAUCAGGGUCGGAACCAGCGCUGGGAGACUGAAUAUAAAGUAAGAUUUUACUAUAUUUAGUGGGGCCGGGGGGCUAGAUAGUGAUUUUAACACUUUAGGUCAGGAAUACAUGUUUGUGUUCCUCACCCUAUAGUGUUCCAUUAAAGAACCACUAUAGUGCCAGGAAAACAAACUCGUUUUCCUGGCACUAUAGGGUUAUUUGGCCCCCCUCCUGCUGGGCUGAAGGGGUUAAUACCCCUUCAGCUACUUACCUUUUCUCCAGUGCCGGGCUCCCUCGGCGCUGGUGACCUCUCUUCCUCCUGCUGACGCAUGCGCGGCAAAAGCAGCACACGGAUUCAAACUGUCCAUAGGAAAGGCUUACUCAAUGCUUUACUAUGAACGUCCAACGUCUUCUCACAGUGAUUUUCAGUAUGAGAAUCGAGGAAGCGCCUCUAGCGACUGUCAGUGAGACAGCUACUAGAGGCUGGAUUAACCCUCAGUGAAACAUAGCAGUUUCUCUGAAACUGCUUAGUUUUCAGCUGCAGGGUUAAACCUAGCUGGACCUGGCAUCCAGACCACUUCAUUGACCUGAAGUGGUCUGGGUGCCUAUAGUGGUCCUUUAAGUGUGUAUGUAUAUAUGUGUGUGUGUGUAUGUAUAUAUAUAUAUAUAUAUAUAUAUAUAUAUAUAUAUAUAUAUAUAUAUAUAUAUAUAUAUAUAUAUAUAUAUGUGUGUAUAUAUAUAUAUAUAUAUAUAUAUAUAUAUAUAUUAUAAAUUAUAAAAAAUAAAGUAAUAGGUAAUAGCACUCCAAGGACUUCAAAAAGUAUAAGGUGAAAAAAACUUAGCUUUUAUUCAGCAGCUGCCACACAGAAUCGACGUUUCAGUUCUAAUACAGAACUUUCAUCAGGAUAAGGUGCAUAACAAAAACCAACAUUUAUAUAACAAACAAAUAGGUACAUAGUAUACAAAACAGGUGAGGCUUACCCCAAUCCCUGUGUGGUCCCCAUGGUGACCGCCAAAAAACGCGGGCAAACUUGACCCCUACAAGUGUAUUCAACAGCUGGGAUGUGCUGCUGUAUGGCAGAAAGAUUGGUAUUCCCAAUAACAUAUACCACCAUAUCUGACGAGAUUAAACAAUCAGUGGACCGCAAUUGGCGAAUCCUACAGAAUGAUACCAGUUUGCCACCUCAAUUCAAACCGCGCCCAAUGAUGUGCUACCGGAGGGGCAGCAACUUGAGGGAUCUAUUGGUCAAAACUGACCCCACACACUGCUAUAGCAAAGCUACUACCUACCAGAACCUGGGGUGUCACAGAUGCUUGGGCUGCGUGACAUGCAGCCAUAUGAUCCCCAGCAAAUCGUUUGUACAUCCACACACCGGCAAAAAAUACCUCAUAAAACACAGACUUACCUGCACAAGUGACUUUGUGGUUUAUAAACUGGGGUGCCCCUGCGGUUUGAUGUACGUGGGAAAAAACGACUUACCACUCCGAGAAAGAAUCCGCAACCACCGUUCAAGCAUACGUACAGCCUAUAGAGACAAUGGGUCAGAACAGCCGGUGGCAAAACAUUUCCUGGAGUAUAACCAUCCCCUACCAACAAUGAAGUUUUUGGCCAUUGAUCAUGUCCCACCACCCUUAAGGGGUGGUGACCGCAAGAAGCUCCUAUUGCAAAGAGAGCUCUAUUGGAUCCGAACACUGGACACUGUGCAACCCAGGGGACUAAAUGAAAAAUACACUUUAGGUAUUUUUCUAUGAUAUAUCUCCAGGACUGAACCAAAAAACUCCUCCUCACUACAAUGCUCCCAUAUAUAUUGGACUUAAUGAAUGGGCCACCUCUGUAUAUUUUAUUUAUUUAUUUUAUUUAUUUUUUUGUCUUUAUGCCUGUAUGUCCCUAUAACAAUGUCAAUUGUACUGCAGGUUGAUGAACACUCUAUGUACGGAUACUUUACCCUUAGGACAUCACAUAUAUCUCCUCCAUAUACAUAUACAGACGACAAUAGCCCCUUUUUUUGCCACACGUCCCUGCAGGGGCUCCAGAAUUCCUAGCACUCCUUUCAGGACAGUGGAAUUCUAGGCACAGCCAUAGGUUCAGAUAAUAUUCUGUCCAUGGUUGUAGUACCUACCACGUAUACUACACUAUCCGCGUAUUAUUAUGACACGAAGGUUGGCAACACAUUUUGACCUACUGCUCAGCUACCUUAGGGAGAUUACACUCACUUUGAAAUAAAUAAAUAGAUUCCAUGUCCUCUGUAUUUAAUUUAGGGCUAACUACUUAUCCCCUGUUGUUGUAUUGGGCACCAUAACUAAGUACCAGACAUUGUAACAUCUGGCCUCUGUUACAUUACACCUAUUGAGCUAGCAUUUUAUAUGUAGACUUAAUCACACCCUUUGUCCAGCCUUAGACCCUACCAUUUGCAAGUUAAUCUUGAGGUACUUUAUAUAUGUCCCUAUCCCAGCCCCUUUUGAUCAUAUAGCCUUAUUUAGGCUUACUUUUCAUUUUUACCACAGCCUUGCCUUAUAUGACUUUAUGUAUUUACUUUUCAUUUUUUCCGUUUUUUUGGUUGCUCCCUGCCCCUGUUCACAGGACUAGGUUAGAAAACUGCCAGUCCGUUUAGUUCCUGGACGGCAGGGCACUACAAUUAAGAGAGAGGUUCUCUCCCCACAGCAGAUCCCUGCCCGCCCUCCGUGCACUGAGCUCGUUGCACCGAUCGCACCAUAGCCCCGCCCACUUGAGUCCCCGCCCACCUCUACACGAGCGGUUUUUGUUACUAUGACGACAUGUCAACACAGACAGCCGUCGAUUCCAGCUACUGCCAUACAGCAGCACAUCCCAGCUGUUGAAUACACUUGUAGGGGUCAAGUUUGCCUGCGUUUUUUGGCGGUCACCAUGGGGACCACACAGGGAUUGGGGUAAGCCUCACCUGUUUUGUAUACUAUGUACCUAUUUGUUUGUUAUAUAAAUGUUGGUUUUUGUUAUGCACCUUAUCCUGAUGAAAGUUCUGUAUUAGAACUGAAACGUCGAUUCUGUGUGGCAGCUGCUGAAUAAAAGCUAAGUUUUUUUCACCUUAUACUUUUUGAAGUCCUUGGAGUGCUAUUACCUAUUACUUUAUUUUUUAUGUUAUUUGCCUUAUCAGCACCGGGCAUUAACCUACUAUCACAGGAGUGCAAGUAUUUGGACAUUAUAUAUAUAUAUAUAUAUAUAUAUAUAAUAUAUAUAUUUUUUUUUUUUUUUUUCAUACAAAAUACACAAUCAAGCGCACCUGCUUAUUCACUAAACAAUAAUUUCAAAUCUCACAGAUUGUAAUAGUUUUUAUUUAAAAACACCUCACCUAGGCAAAAAAUUAUGGGGGUUUAGUUACAUUAUAUGAUCAUAUAUUGCAUAUGCGUGCCACAAUGUCUAUGUAUCCCAUAAUGUAUGAAUGUUUAGGUGAGCGCAGCCCUCUUGGUUUCAUUUAUAAAUAUAAAUAUAUAUAUAUAUAAUAUCAAAAUAAUGAAAAAAUAGUUAGCUGUGGUGGAGGACAUUUGGUCCUGGUGUUGUUCUACACAUCAGAGACAGACAGAAUGAGUGUGCUAUUACAGAUUAGCUUGUUCUUUCUCACUCUCUUAUUGUUUUGAUACAAGGUCAAUUAAACAGAAAUUACAAAUUUCUAGCUGUCCAUAUUUGUUAACAUGUAAGAUGACAAAACAUAAUAUUCAGUAUUGCCUCAGAGGGAUUUAAACACACAAACACUUCCAUGUUUCCUAUGACAGUCAGAUUUUCCCUAGGAAUAUAAUAUGCUGUAACACUUCAUAUUAACUUUUGCUAGGAAAGUAUUCUACAUUCUUUGGCAGAUCAAUAGAGUCCAACAAAACAACUUAACAAAUAAUUCCACAUUUUUGGUAACACGAACUUAUUAUUUUGAUGAAUUAAUUUUCUUUUUCUGUCCUUAAAAAGUGACCCGUGUCCUCGAAUAAACUUGUGCAUGAUAAUUCUUUCUAUCCCCUUAUAGAUAGAUGCCUCUUUUCCAGAACUAAUCAGCUCUAUUUGAAAAGUCUGCACUCAUAACUGAAGUCUCUGGGCUCUUAAUUAAUUUUGUUGCCUGUAUUUGUACCAUUUCCAAUUUUCUAAUGUAUUUUUUUUCUUUCAUGGAUAGAUGCCCAGAAUUACACUGUCAAGUCUUAACAAAAAUAUCUUUUUUAAUUCCAUGGACAUAUUUCCCUGUCUUCCUAGCCACAAAUAUUUAUUUGUAAAAAAAAAUCAUUUUUAAUUAAAGGGAAACUAAAUACCCAAACCACCAGCUUAUGAUACUGGCUAUUGUGCAAAGUGUUUAUGGUGUGUGUCCCUGUUUGAGUUGUCCUGACAAAAGCAGGGCUCUCCCAGCACCUAGAGCCGGUGUCAGCUGCUAAGAUGAUGCGAAAGCUUGGAGUGCUGGGAUAAACAGUUUGAUAUAAGGAUUGCACCAAAGACUCUACCACUAACACUAUAAACACUAGAGUAGUUAUGAUGCAAACUGACCCUCAAUUUUCUGCCAUGUAGCCCAUAACCACACCCCCUGGCUGUGAUUGACACAGCCUGCAUGAGAAAAACUUGGUUUUAUUUUCUAUCACAUGUUAACCUUUUUUAAAAGAUUUUGUCUGCUGCUCUGUAAAUUGAACUUUAAUCACACACAGGAGGCUCCUGCAAAGUCUUGCAAGCUAUUAACAGGGCAGGGGAUAAGAAAUUCCAAAAUUAAACAGCGUAAACAUUAGAUGACUCCUUACAGGAAGAGUAAGGUUUUAAAGGAUGAGGGCUUUUUUCAUUUUUUCCCCCCUCAUUAUGGCCAAACAUCCACGAUUAAUUUAAAGGAACACUAUUGUCACCAAAACAACUUUAGCUUAAUAAAGCAGUUUAGCUGUAUAGAUCAUGCCCCUGCCGUCUCACUGCUCAAUUUGCUAUCAUCCAGGAGUUAAAUCACUUUGUAUAUGCAGCCCCAGGCACACCUCCCUGCAUGCGACUUACAAAGCCUACCUAAACACUUCCUGUAAAGAGUCAUCUAAUGUUUACGCUGUUUAAUUUGGAAUUUCUUAUCCCCUGCCCUGUUAAUAUGUAGAAUAUAAACUAGUCUAAUCUAACAUUUCCUAGAGAAAUCUCACAUAUGUACUUGAUAUUCCCUGAACAUAUUCUCUGUAGCUUCUAUUCGACAGUCAGUGCAGAGUGGCCACUUGUCAUUUGGUUUAGUAGCUGAACUCAGUUUGCCAGAAUGAGUUAUUCAUAGGCUAGACUGCUAGUGUAGUUUCUGCUAAAAGAACAUUUUUUUCUCUUUAACAGAAUCAAACGUUUGAAAAUGCACCUAGUGUUUGAAUAAAAUGGCAUGUACUUCUUACAAUGCAUGUCAGUGGUACAUUGCAAGGAAACUACCAUAUUUUCAAAUUUGUCAACCAAGGUAAUCUGUUGAUAUUCCUAAUUUUCCUCCAGACCGGCUGAAAAAUGUUUUUAUUUUUUUUAAUUUUACUUCUGUCAUGGACACAAAAAAAGUAAAAACAAAUACGAACAAAGAAAACGCCAACAAUUUUAAGUUGACGAGCAUGCCUCAUGAUCUUGGCCGUCUUUCAGCCUUCAGAUUGUUCCUGAAUUCAUCAUUGUGGAAUUCUUGAAAAUAAUCCUUUUGGCUGUGUUCUCCUACCACAUGAAUAUCUUAUGACUAAUACUCUCCUUAAAAGUAUUUCUUAACCAUCUUCUGCUGUCAUAUAGGAUUGUGAUUUAUAAAAAAAAAAAAAAGAAAAUAGGUGCAAUGAAGGAAUUCCACUUUUAAAAACACUUUUUGUCAAUAUUUUCUUUAAGGUUGUUGGUCCACCCGGAACAGGAAAAACGGAUGUGGCCGUUCAGAUUAUUUCCAACCUUUAUCAUAACUUUCCAGAACAGAGGACGCUCAUAGUUACACAUUCUAACCAGGUAAGAGUGUCCAGCAUUGCUCUUUAAUAAACAUAAUCCGUUUGUGUUGUAUUUUUGACCCCUGAACAUAGGAAGGGCAUAGGUCAAAAACUAGAAUUUUCUAGAAGUUUUUUCUUAGAAUGUCUGAAAGUCGGGCAGCUGGAGCUUUGAAAGUGUGUGUAUAACUCACCCUGUCCAUGGCGUCUGGGGAUAGCAUACUCUGUGUGAUGACACCCACUCAAAAGUUGCACAAAACUGUUAAUGCCAACCAAGAAGAAAGAGGAAGUUUGAUAUGCCAAGCAGGUGGCCUUACACAGAACAAAUAUAUAUAUUUAUCAGAAUGUAACAUUUUCAGAAAAGAAAGGCUGCAGGGACAGGGUGUUUGCAACAUAAACACUUCAUUUAUGGUGCUUAGAGUGAGCGAGAGUAAACUUUAUGGGCCUUGUUUUGCUCAUGUGUGUUGGACUUCAAAAAAUUAAUUCUAGUGCCUUGUUGCUUCUCACAACUCCCUAUACAUAAUAUGCCUGCUGGUUAUCCCGGACAAUUUAGACCAAUUCAAUCAGAUUGAGUACAAUGUUCCUGUCAUUUUAGCCUUGCAGCUGCAAAGCUUGCUUAACAUGAGGAUGUACAGCGCCUUAUAAAUCCCCACAGGAAGCAUUGAUUCAAUGCUUUACUCUGGAGAAGGCCUAAUGCACACAAGGUGCUCGUCGCGCGUGCCAUAGGUUCCGUUCAUGGACUGUUGUUGGAGGAGGAGCCCAACCUAACACUGAGGGACAUGGUCCCAAUAUAAAGUCUUAAAGCAUGGAAUUUAGCUGAGCUUACCAUACAUAUAUAUUGGCUCUAAUUUUAUGUAGUUAGUUAGAGUUUCUCUCUUUAAAAUAUAUAAAUAAUUGAGAAUACAAUAAAAAAAAAAAGGAUUGUCCUAAAAGCAAUACCUUUUUUUUUGUCUUUUUAAAUAUUUUAUUAAAUGUAAAUAUAGACAUAUAAUAAUGUAAUAAUCCAUUAUAAUAAUUGUAGAUUGAUGAUAGGAGAAAAUUUUUAUUAUGUUUAAAAAAAAAAAAUUAAAAAAAAUAGAUCAGCUUUAAUUAUGAAUUGUACCCUCACUAGUAGACAUUAAUCUUAGUGGGAUCAUUCACCAUUGUUGUGUUGACUGAGAUUUGUUGCUGUUUAAGUUUCCUUCAGCUUUUGCAAUAUUCCACUUAUUUAACAAGUUAUCCACGUAUUCCAGCUUGUUCUAACCUACUUACAAAAGUCCCUACAAAUAUUAAUACAUCUGACCCACCGCUGUCAUGGAGUCUCCACUGGUACAAAAUAUAGCACAAAUAAACCAAAAAAUGGUAUUUCAGGUGAACUAGUGACACAAUUGUUUAAUGGAGGGGAAUAUGAAAAAAAUGUAUAAAUGUUUUGGGACACAGCCUUUUUAUCCAUGUACAAUGAUAAAGGGCUGUGUCCCCAUACAUUUACACAUAUUUUGCAUAUUCUCCCUCUAUUAAACAAUUUGGUGUCGCUACAAUACCUUUUGGUGUCAGAGUUCCACUUUAUUUGUGCUAAUCUGCAAUAGAACUUUAAAAAAAUAAUAGGAUCAUGGAAAAAAAAUAUUGUAGAAAUCCUUUGAGUCCAAACACAUACAUGUUAACCCUAUGCUGUUGGGUGAAAGGCGCACAAAAGGAUGUGCAGAAACCUAUUGCAAACCCAUAAUCAUCACCUCUCUUUCCUUCUGUCCCAGCCUCUUCCUUUUAUUUCUUAGAACUAUUCUAUUUCCUCUUAACUGUAAAAUCUUUCCCACUCGCUUGCAGUGAUAUCCGACUCUCUCAUGCGUUGGUAUGUGAUGUCCCCUCCCUCAGUGCACACUGUGCACUUUGGACGAGCCGCUUCAUUAAUUCUUAUUUUAGAUCAGGAGAGACAGCCACUCACAAGAUACAAAUGCCAUUUAUUAAUGUUUGCCAAGGCAUCCCGUAUAAAUGGUCAAAUCUCCGUAAUAGAUAGUGUGAUAAAAAGCAAAUCACUUUGUAUUUUGUCUACUUUAAUCUCUUGACAGCAACAUGAGCAAAGAUGAUUCAAGUUUGGGUUUCCUUAAAAUACAUUGCACUUGCGUAUAUUUAAAUAUCCCGAAUUAGAAUGUUGUUUUUAAUUGUAGAAUUUACAAUUAAACACAGGGAAAUGGUGAUUAGUAACAUUGACUGCCCAGAAACCAAUGUUUAGCAUAAUUCAACUGAGUAGAAUAAUCGUAUCUUCGAUCACAAAGUGAAGGCAUUUUAUUAUGUGUUUGAUUAAUAUGCCUUGUUUUACAUCUCAGUCUCUUGCCUGCUUUCUGCCCAUGUAUCUCCUUCAGCCUAUAUAUAUAUAUAAAUUUUUUUUUUCUGCCAAUCUUCUUUUCAUUUUCACCCACCAACUCCCCUUAUUGCAAACACCGGGCUUUGGAUUUUUUGCACCAUCUGUUUGUUAGUUGGGUGAAUGCAUUUGGUGGAGUUUCCUGCAGUUCCAGCUCUUCUUGUCUCACAUGCUAGCUGUGAUUGGCAGACUACUUUAGCUCCUAUGCAUGUUGUAACCAUCUUUAUCCUAUUGUUACCAUCAAUUUACAGGCUCUGAACCAGCUGUUUGAGAAGAUUAUGGCGCUAGACAUCGACGAGAGGCACCUUCUGCGUUUGGGCCAUGGGGAAGAAGAACUGGAAACAGAGAAAGAUUUCAGCAGGUUAGCUGCCGACAUCAAGAAUGCUAACCCCUUAAAGAAAAACUGUAUGCACUAUAGACAUGUCAUUUCAUUGAAGUGGUUAUAGUGCCUGGGGUCACCUGGCUCUGUCCCUCCUUUCAGUGUUAAACCAUUUUCAAGCAGUUUAACAAUGAAUGAGGGUCCCUGGCUGCCCCCAGCCUGGCCCCCAGUGGACAUAUGGCUAAGGCAGAGAUUAUACACAAUGCAUAUGCUGUGAUAGGCUGGCAGUGGUCAUCUGACACUCACAGUUGCCCAUUGCUGCUCAGGCUAACACUUCCUCAUCAGACCAAUUAGCACAGCAGGGAUAGGCUGCUGCGAACUAUUGUUUACCAUCCUUACUUGCGCACUAUCUCCAAUCCCUACACUGUUUAACCCCUUAAGGACCAAACUUCUGGAAUAAAAGGGAAUUAUGACAUGUCACACAUGUCAUGUGUCCUUAAGGGGUUAAAUAACUGGAGGUUUAUAGAAUCACCCCAAUGGCCAUUUAAAUGUAAGUUCACCUCCCACUUCAAGGCAAACCUGCUGUCUUCAGCUUCAGGAAACUAAAAAUAAGACUGAGGGUUUUUGGUUUGUUUUUGUAAACCUCUACAUACUUAUUAACUCCUAAUAGGGAACAUGUCGGCUGGGCGGCAGCAUUGUAACAUGGCUGUGUGAUACAAAAGUAAAAUAUACAAAAAUAAGUCCGGGCACUCAAACUCCCACUACUCCUGGGCGGCAGCAAUGACCAUGGUACACAUCAGCCCAAAUACUUACACUAAAUUACCAUUGGAGUGAUACUAAAAACCUAGUUUUUUAAAAUGUGCACAAGGAUUUGAGAUUGUGCGCGGGUAACUCUUUGUUUUUAUUGUAUGUAUUAGGGCUGAUGUGUACUAUGGUCAUUGCUGCCGCCCAGGAGUAGUGGGAGUUUGAGUUCAGAACUAAUUUUUGUAUAUUUUACUUUUGUAUCACACAGCCAUGUUACAAUGCUGCCGCCCAGCCGACAUGUUCCCUAUUAGGAGUUAAUAACUCCUAAUGAGGAAUAUUUUGUUUAGUAUCCACUUUAUUCCUAGAAAUAUCAACAUCCCACUUAGUUUUGUUUUUAUUCCGAGGAAAAAAAAGUAUGGAGGUAUUUGAUGUAGCUUGAUUUUCGGCCUUUAGGUUGUCUGAACACAUCAUUUAAAUCAUAACUGCCUAGGAAUCUUAUUCCUGGGCUGGCCAUGUAAAUUAUGGGAAUUUUGUGAUCAUGCGUUUCAACACCCAUCACAUAGCUAUUUGCAGGUGCUGUGCUGUGAGGGGGAACAUCGUUUUAGUAGCUGGGCAUAGCUCCCCACCUCCACUGCAGAUUACAGAGAGCCGAAAGCGGUCUGUCCGAGCUAAUCCUGCCAGUGCAGGAUUAACUGAUGCUCUCAGCCAAUUUAGUAGUUCUGCAUUGCAGGGGUUAACUUGGGAGAGCUAAUGGAAGCUCCUAAGCACUAAUUACUAGUUCUCUGAAAGCUGUAGUGCAGGAGAGAAGCAGUAUCUGGCUUAGCACAGGUAAGAAUUCAAACUGUUUUAAUACAAUAAGUGGGGGCAGGGCAUUCCUGACACCAUAACCACUGUAGUGGUGCUGAUAUUUAGAGUGUUCCUUUAAACACCUAGAUAGAUGGAACUCUUGCAUAUAAUCACUCAAUGUUAGGCAGAUUGCCAAGGUCAAAGGUUGCUGUGCAAGCUACUUAGGUUUUAGCCCUUACGGUUUCUUUGAGUCCGUGACAGAGGACGUCCUGAAAGCAUUAUAAAGAAGUAUACUACUCGGGUUCUAGGACAUAUAAUCAAUCCAAUGCUAUUUCAGGAUUAAGUGGUCUCUGAUCACAAAUCUUACUUCUGCUUUAUGUGCGUGUGACUGAGGAUCAUAUGUACAUUACUCGUAUGUUGGUAUAAAUGCUGUUAAUGUGCUUUGUUAAUGUAAAUGUAAUGUUUCCAGAUAUGGGAGAGUGAAUUAUGUGUUGGCGAGGAGGCUGGAGCUGCUCAAGGAGGUGGGACGCUUACAAGAGAGUUUAGGAGUCCCAGGAGAUGUGUCCUAUACCUGUGAGACUGCUGGCCACUUCUUCUUAUAUCAGGUGUGUAACCCUCGUUCAUUGGUGUAGAAAACAAAAACCAGACAUCUGCUCCCCAUGUGCACACAAGUUUUGGGAUUUAAUAUAUUAAUGACAUAUUGCCAAGGGUCCAGUAAUAUAGAUCUUUCAAUUACCUGUCACUUUUGUUGUGUUUGACAGUUUUGUAAGCCUUUAUUUUAUGAAAUACCUAAAAUCCCAUUAAUUGGUUAUGGUCACAGUAACAAAAUGCUCACUCCCCCUUAUCUCACAUCUAAUUUGAGACCACCAGCAAGAUGUGUACUCUCUCCCCCAUGCUCUGUGUUCCCCAAUACAAUGAGAGCGAUUUGAUCAUGCAGAUGGGGAGCUGCUGCUUUGACUGUGAGUUUAAUCUUUGUAUUAGACUGUUACUACAUAGCAGUAUAUUAAGACAGUUAUUUGUGUAUCAAGUUACAUUAAAGUGGAAAUGAGAGGAUACAACCCGGCGGGUUUGAUAAGUGAUUGGGGCCUACAUUAAUCCUGUAUUAUUUUUAAACCAGGACAUAGGACUUGGGAAAAAUAAACUAUUAACCAUAAAACGAUGUCCAGUUAUUCAAAAAAAGCAACAGGUCUAGAUUAUUCAAUAUGUUUAGUGGAUCAAAGCAGUAUUGAGCUAGCCAAAUUUCUCCAUACACCGCAUCACUAACCUAAGGCAUCUAGAUAGAAAGUCUUAAAUAAAACUAAUGUCUGCGUAUUGGACUCACUGUAAUUCAUAGACGCCUGGUAUGUGCAGAGAACAGCAUUUUUAUGAAAGUAAAGACUAGGAGUGAUAAUAGAAAAAUAAGUGUCCUUUGCAAACAGGCAAAAUGACUGGUGCCAGGUCUGAUUUUUUUUUUUUUUUUUUAACACUGAGAAUUGCACAAGACCAGGUCUUUGUUUUCAUUGAACUGGUAGAUGGAAUGGUUAUUGUCAUUGGAUUAUUGAAAGGGUCACCUGUUCGGUAGUGAGUUGUAUACUUAAUCAAUGCGAAAGCAAGUUCAAAUAAGUGGUAAUGGAUCAGGUGGUCCGUGGGAGUUUGUGUGAGCUUGAAAAUCAGGUUCAAAAGUGAAGUGAUCCCAGGGGUGAAACUAUAUGUGUGAAUCUUUGAGUAGGAUGAGAAGGACCAUUAAAGACAGGUACAGAGGGAUAAUGCAGAUAACCCAUCCAAUGACUGCAUAUGCUGCGGUAUUAUAGAAUAUUACUAGUAAGCACCAAACAUAGUGUGAGAUGUAUUAAUGCCCACGCUAUCAGAUUCUACAAAGCCCGGUUAACAGUUUUGUAAACAGAGUUGUGCGAAGAAUCUCUGCAAGAAAGUACAGGACACUGUCUACGCCGUGAUCUGAUGCAAAGUUGUUUAUGGUGUUUAGACUAACCCUUUAAUCCAGUUCCAUUUAAUAUAUCGCUUGGUACACUGAUACUUAACUGUCCCCUGCUUUCGGUUUCUUCAGCCUAUUAUAGAAGAGGGGAUUAGAAACUAACAGCAGACUAAGCUGUAACAUAAGGCAAUAGAUGAGCUUGUAAUACAAAUUUGCAGAAAUCACACAGUCUAGCACUUUAUAAAUAGGCCAAAAUAUUUUGGGGGGUUAUUUAGAAAUAAAUCCUCGGCAGUAUGUACAUACGCUCAGAGGGUAGCUCCGUUAUUUAUGUCUAUAGACACCUGCAAUUUCAAAUGUUUAUUAAACAUAACUAUCUAAAAAGAAAACACAGUUGUAUAUGUACAAAUUGGUGAUCGUUGUGAUUCAAAAUUGAAGAGAUGCAAUAUAAUUUUAUUUAUAUAAUACACAGAAACCGUGGCCAUUAGAUAAUACUUGGUUUGUUUUUAUUUACAGACUGUAGGGCAAGAAUUGCUCUAAAAUACUGCAAAGAAAGUCAAGUUGUAAUAUGCUAAUACAAAUAAAUUGUUCUCCAAUUGAAAAUGAUAAUUAGUGACUCGGUCGUGCCAGGUUCACAUUAUGUUCCACCAAUUCCCAAGGCAAUAUAUAUAUAUAUAGUUUAUCCUAAAACAUUACAAUAUAUAUUUAUUUUCUUUUGAAGCUGUUAUGCUUUUACUUAUGUUCAACCGCUGGUGAUUUGUGGCUGUUAUACUCGCCCUCCAGUCCCGCCUUGUUUGUUAGUAAUGCAAUUGACUGCUUGGAGAUACCUGCCCAAAUAACCAGUACCUGUAUUCCUUAGCGUUGCUCACAUGGUGGCUUCAUUGCCAGCAUAUUGGCAUCCGAACAAAGUGACAUCAUUCACUGGAAUCCUGCAUUCCCUUAGCGAGUAGUAAUGCAGAGCAGGAAAAUCAACUAUAGGGUUCUCCUGCUGUUCCCUGUCAUUCAGUCCUUAACCCUGUGUGUCUAAGUCUGUGCAAGUGGCAUUUAUAGCUUUGGCUUUGAGACAUAUUAAUAUCUGUAAUAUCGGUCUAUUUGGAAUUGAUUGACACUGUGUGUUGUAAGAUUUGUCUUUGCAAUUUACUAAACAUUUUUCUAUAUAUAAUGUAAUUGGCACUUACUAUAAUGAGGUAUGCCAUAACCAUUAUUGUGACUUGCAGGUACUGGUUGUUUGGGAUUAUAGUAACGUUGGUAAGCAGUGUCUGGCUGUAACCUGCUAGAACAUCCAGAUAACGAUUUGUCUUGGUAGAACAGGUUUUUUUUAAAUAAACAUAAUACAUUUGUAUGCUGCACUAAGAGAGCAGAAUGUAUUUAUUUUUUUUGGAGCAGCACAGAUGAAGGGUUGGGAGUAGUGGAAACACUACAACAUAUUAGAUGAAUUGAAACCCAAAUGGCAGCAUUUUAGUAAAAUUGCCAAUCUGUGACUACAGCAAAGUCGGAGAACUUUUUCAAGUGAGUUUUCAAUUUGGAAUAAAGUCCUCCCUACAGUGAGAAUUCAAGGUGGAUUUCAAAUUUAAUGGCAAAGUAGUCAAGUUGGCUUCAUAGCUGACUUUUUCUAGUCUGUCUAUUUGUACCUUGAAUUCUCACUUUAUUGAAUAACCCUGCACUGUGUGUUGAUCACUGGAUUUUAUUUUUCUUAGUGGCAGAUUCUGAAAAAAAUUUUUUUUGGCCCCCACAGGCAAGGCUGGUACCAAAAUAAAACAAACCAUUCAUGACAGAUUGUGCUAGAUUGUUAAUACUGCCGACAACACAGCUGUAAACAGAGGAAAAAAGUUCUGAUUAUACUUUGAAAUCAUUGUGGGGAACAAACUGUUUUGAUGAAAAUGCUUGCACGCAGGAAAGUCUUUCUGACCAUCUUGGUGUCUGCAUAUGUUAGGAUCUUUACAUUGUAAAAAUAACAUAAUAGACUUUUUUUGCGCAUUGCGGUUAGACAUGGAGGACCGUUGUACCAAUAUAACACAUUUCUUUUGUGUUUAUUUUCGCAGAUUAUGUCACGUUGGGAGGCCUACCUUAGCAAGGUGAAAGCUAAACCAACACAUACUCCGGAUGUGAGUGACAUUGCUAAAUUCUUCCCUUUCCACCAAUACUUCCUGAAUGCCCCACAACCCAUCUUCAAGGGUGGUUCCUAUAAGGAGGAUAUGGAGCUGGCGGAAGGGUGCUUCCGACACAUCAAAAAGAUCUUCACCCAGCUAGAGGUGAGUCCAGAUAGAUUUCACAGUAUAAAUAGUCCUUCCUGGAUGCCAAGCAUGUAUGUAAAACGAUCCUGCAAUUAAGAAGAGGACAUUUUGAUACUUGGCUAAAGUCAAUAUUGCAAUCAACUUUCAUUCCUAAACGUUAUACUAAACUGUUAACAUGCAUUCUUUAGAAGCUUCAUGUAGCGCACAACUGAUUGAAUUGCCUUUGUAAAAUAGAUGCUAAAUAUAUAGACAAUGACACACACAAAAAAAACAGCUGCAGCUUUAUCUAACCUGUGCAUCAAUGUAAGUAAAUCAAUGCCAGUCCUUUGCUGGGGUACCUUUUAAAGGAACACUACAUGCACCAUAACUACUAUAGCUUGAUGCAGUGGUCAUUGAGCCAGGAAUGCAUUGUCACCACCCUCCCCCGGCUACUAACAGCUGGAAGCUUGUUUACAAUAUAACCGCUGUGCAAGUUAUUUUAUCUUAGAAAUAAGCCCCUUUAUUGACACAUCCACAUCUAUAACAUUUCAGGGGGAAAUAAUCCAUUGAUUGUGUAAUAUUGCAUCCUCCAACUGGAGAGGUACAAUCCCAAAAAGCCCUGUAGACUCUUCUCCUGCAGGUAAUACUCCACUUGUGGGUCUGCCUCCAUCAGAGAUUAUUUUCUAUGAAGUACUUGGUCAGUGCAGCAAGGAGCAACAGAGCGCUUUAAAUUGUUCAAGCUAUGUCCUUGCGGUGGCCCAUGCUCAUUUAUCAUUGCGGAGCUCUCCUGCAUGAAUGGACCAGGUAUAGGACACCAUUUUAAGGGUUUACUGUAAAGCAUGGUGUUGGCCCUGCAAAGCUUGCAUGUUUUCCAGCUGCCCUGCAGUGGUGAGUUAUUGGUUUCAUUAUGAUAUACUCCAGGCUCCCCAGCCGUGGUACUAAUAAUUGAAUACAAGCCCUUGAGUAGAGGCUUCCUGUUUUGGCAUGCUAGCUAGCUCUGUAUUGCACACAGGGACUUUGUAGAUCCUCCUUAAUAAACAGGCCCUUAUAUGCAAGGCUCCCUAGAUUGGAUCCAACUCUCCAUUAUGGAUUUUCAAGGACUGUGACCAAACAGAUGAAAAUGAAUGGACUGGUUAGCAUUGGUGGGACAUUAUUUUAGUACCCCUAGAUGGUGCUUUUUCAGCAGACUCAAAAACCUAUAUGCUUGUAUGCAAGCUGGAUUGCUCAGAAACAUUAUUGGCACUUUAAAUCCAAACCUGUGUCUUUAGAGAUCUAACAUUCGUAGUAAACAGGAAGAGAAAAGGUAUUUGUGAGAGAUAUGUUUACUCUGUAUUAUCAAAUCAUCUAUAAACAUUGUCUAGUGUUCAAACUCUUACCUUCCUCAUUUUGCCGUAAAGAGGAAGAAUAAAUGAAUGAGGCUGUACAGUUCGGCAAGAUGAAUAUAACAUUUCAUUGUGUGCCACUCAUAGUUUUCUUCACUUUUCCAACUUUGUGACACACAAUGAAUUAUGUCUUUGUUUGCAUACUUUAGAAUGUUCUGUUGCAAUUUUUCAGAGCCAACCCGUUAUAUGAGUCGAAUGCUAGUUUUGUGCGGGUGUAAUGGAUAUGUGAUGUAGGAAGUCUUCAAAUAACUUACCUUUUGUUUUGCUUUGUUCAGGAAUUCCGAGCUUUUGAGUUACUGCGCAGUGGGUUGGAUCGUUCAAAAUACCUCCUGGUGAAAGAGGCAAAGAUAAUAGCCAUGACGUGUACACAUGCAGCUUUAAAACGCCACGAUCUUGUGGAGCUAGGAUUCAAGGUAUGCACUAGAGCAGCAAAGUGACGACGGCCACAAUGAAAGUCUGUAGGAAACAACAAUUGACACGCUAAAAGUAAACCACACUAUUAAGAGAUACAUUCCAAAGCAGAACUGCCCCUUGUGGGAAUGUAUUCUUGUAUUCACUCUAUACAGAAUAAAGCUGAAUGUUAAUAUUGAGCUGGCCAUGCUGGUAGCAGAUGUACCCGAUGAAAAGUUUAACACUGUAUAUUUAAACCCGUUAUGCUUUCUCGCAUUGCAUUUUGCAUACCAUUAAAUAUUACAAACACAGAGGGCAGUAGCCACAUCCUUACAUGCAUUUACUUUCUAGGAAUUGGGAGAUCACAUGGCUGCAGGAACAGCCACCACAUCCAUUUUUAAAAGCCAAGUUGGUAAAAUGGUAAACUUGAGUUAAACGAAAACUCCGAGCACCAUAACCAAUGUACCUGUAGUGGUUAUGGUGCCAGGAGUGCCUUGGCACGCUCCCAGAUUGUUUAGGAAUGGUUUGACAAAUUCUGUUGGUCAUGCCAGGUACUUUCCACCACUACGCAUACUGCCAGACUCUCCUGCCACCUAGCUAAGCCUGGGUGUUCAGGGCCACAUCAGAUAGGGUGUUUUGGAGUGUCCCUUUUAGUAUAGCUUUUACUAUAUACAUAUGCUGGUUAUGUUUCCGGCUCAAUGUAUAGUGAACCCAAUGUAAGUGACAGAUACUUUUAAGUCCUCUCUGUGGCUCUUUGUGAUUCCUCCUAUAUUUGUCUUUUUAUUUUGUACCUAUAUAAAAAACAAACACAUUGCUAAAUAUGUAUGGAAAGGGAUGCAGGGAAGCUGUGCCUUUAGAGUGUCCUCCAAUCCGUGUAAUGUUGAUACAAUAUUUAAGAUAAGGACUACAUGGAUUUUAGGAUACUCAGAAGGCGCUGCUUCCCUGCAUCCCUUUCCAUACGGUAUUUAUUUACGGCUAGAAAAGAGACUGGUGUGGGAAGUAUAAGCGGUCAUAUUAUAUCAGACAAGCGCUAGAAAUCCCACUGUUUCAUUGAAUUGCUAAAUAUUUGUGUAGUUCAGCAGAUAGUGUAUUUAUCUUGGAGUGAAUUCCUUUGCAGUUUGUUUUUCAUCCCCCAAUGUCUAUUAAAAGGGCCAUAUCUACAUUCUGGCAUAAUUGGCGUUUGAUAUAUUACAUGUAGACCUGUUAUUAAAUGACCCAUAUAUGCUGCUGCUGGAUAUGGUUCUGGCUGGAUACAUGGCUGCAGGUGAUUCUUGCUCCUCUUUCUUACUGACUGUUGGUUCCUGUUUUUUUCCCUGCAGUAUGAUAACAUCCUGAUGGAAGAGGCUGCUCAGAUACUGGAAAUUGAGACUUUCAUCCCCCUACUAUUGCAGGUACAAUAUAGAGCUGUGACCUCGAACUCCAAACUUUACAGAACGGAAUUAUGCUGUAAAAAGCUUACCCCAUUCAAAUGGUUUCUCAUUAAAGAUAACUUAAAAAGAAUAAGCUUAUUCCCAAAAGAGACAUUCUAGUGUUCAUAUUGCAUAGUAUGUAUUAUACAUGUAUUACACUGAAUGUUCAGUUAUUGAUCUGUCCUUGCAGUUAUUAUUUACCAAUAGACAUGGACUAACUUUGUUUGAAUUUUGUUAGCCAGGUGAGCCAACCUAUUCUUCAGCCGUAAUUUGGAAUAUGUUAAAACAAAUUCUGCAGAACAUCUUGAUUAGGUGUGAAAUGUUCUCGAGAGCAGCUGCUAUAAAUAAUUUAAUGGGUGCAAUUGUCUGGGGCCUAGUCAGAGAUCCAGUUUUGGCUGCUGACUCAGACAUUCAGAAUGACUGACUGCUUUCAAGUUCCGAGUUACAAAUCACAAACUGUUUAAAAGGGUCAUUAACUAAUCAGCUAACUGUGGUGAAAUGAGACCCUUCAGAAUUUAGACCAUUAAAGUAGAAAUGGGUAAAACACAAUUCUCCAUUUUGUACACAAUUCACCACGGGUAACUGUUUAAUGAAUAUAGCCCAACAUUUUUGUGAAUACCCCAACACAGAUGGGAUGAGAUGUUCAUUCAAGGAUAUACAUUUUAAUUCACUCUAAGGACCCGCGUGAGAUUAAUGCUCAAAGCUGUAUAUAUUUUAUAGAAACCAUUCAAUUUAUUGUAUGUAACGUUAUUGUAAUAACGUUAUUAUUGCAAUGCUACUGGACAGCUUUAUUUUUUAUUUUUCUUCUAGUUUGGAAAAUAGAGACUGUGAUUCUCUAAAUUAGAUGCACUUCAUACAUGCAGAGGAUCUGGCUAGGUUUUCUUUGUGGUAUUUAUAUUAUGUAUGUUAGAGUGUAUAUAAUAUAAACUAGUUUAUAUCUGCUUGUAAUCCAGUGACUAUAGUGUGCUAUGAAUGAUAGUAAUAACUGAUAUAUGAUAGGCUUCCUUUAAAUAUUCUUUUCCAUAGCUAUUAAAUUUUUUUUUUUUUACGAUUUCUUUGGAGGUAAAAAAAAAGUUUUCCCCUUCUGUCUUUACAUAAAUCAUUUACAACAAAUUCCCAUUACUUUAAUACCUAGAAUAAGUUUGCCGACUCACUAGAGCCUGUUUUUAUUCCCAGAAUCCGGAGGAUGGCUUCAGUAGGUUAAAGCGCUGGAUCAUGAUUGGGGACCAUCACCAGCUGCCUCCUGUCAUCAAGAACAUGGCUUUCCAAAAAUACUCCAACAUGGAACAGUCGCUGUUCACAAGAUUUGUUCGGCUAGGGGUGCCAACGGUGGAUCUCGAUGCCCAAGGAAGAGCUCGAGCCAGGUAAAAAAAACCCAUCAAAUGUGACUAAUAUGAGAAUAUAUAGGAUGUUAUGCAUAAAAAAAGUCUGUUCUGAAAAGGGGUGGAGUCACCAAUGUAAUGUCCCAGCUGGUUUCCAUAGUGACUGCCACACUUUUACUUUGGACCACGGAACUGCCCAUUUAUUUUUCAAUGCAGCAUCAAUCUCCUAAAACCAUAAGCUAACCGUAUUCUCUGUCCCACGUUUGGAUAAACUGCUUUUUUUUCCUCUUUCUUCGACCCCUGAUUUGGCGUCCAGUGGAAGGGGGCAUUGCUCUGGUGUAUCCUGUAAACAGAACUUGUAUUUUUCAUUCUUGGUUUGAAUGAUCUUUUCGGAUAUUGUUGAAAUGCAAUAGGAGUUAAUAUUUUUCUUUUUCCCCGGCAGCCUAUGCAAUCUGUACAAUUGGCGGUACAAGAGCCUGGGAAACCUCCCUCAUGUGCAGUUGCUCCCAGAGUUCCGAUCAGCCAAUGCUGGACUUCAGUUCGACUUCCAGCUUAUAAACGUGGAAGAUUUCAAUGGAGUAGGGGAAUCUGAACCCAACCCAUAUUUCUACCAGGUACUGUGAUUUCUGGUCAAAUAAUUUAUUAGACUUAACUGUGAAAAUUAACUGAUAUUUCCAGCUAUUUGCUAAAGUAAGAAUUGUUGAUAUUUCAAAAGACCCCCACACCCCCAUUGUAAGGAGUCAAACCCUCCACUCCGUCCUAUAGUGAGCAAAGAGCUUGUCAGCUGAUCACUCUCAGCCAAUGAGCUAAGCCCUGCACCCCGUGGCGGAGCUCACACACAUCUGGCUCUCUAUAGGAAGUAGCAAAGGUGGAGGGAAUGCACCAGGGCACUCUUGGUACCAUAACUACUAUGUAACACUGUAGUGGUUAUAGUGCUUUUGGUAUUGCUUUGCAGCCAAAGUAGCCGAUUUGGAAAAUGUCUCCAUUUUAUUUUGGCCUUAAAUUCACUUUGUCAAGUGAGAAUACAUAGCAGUCUGGAAGUUAUUAUGGCUAUUUCCUGAUACAUGGUUUGUGAAGGAUUUUUUUAUUGUGUGCAUGAACCAUAUUGAUGCUCACAAUCUCCUUACAGAAUCUGGCAGAGGCAGAGUACGCAGUCGCUUUGUUUAUGUACAUGCGCCUGAUUGGAUACCCAGCUAAUCGCAUCAGUAUUCUGACCACAUACAACGGACAAAAACACUUAAUUCGUGACAUCAUCAAUCAGCGCUGUGGCAAUAACCCAGUGAUUGGACAGCCCAGUAAGGUAAUAAAUCAGCAAUGUGUGUUACACAGAUCAUUUCAAUAAUGGAUUUUAAGUGAUUAACGGAGAGAGAUAUAUAUGUUGACACCUUAUUACGCUACUUCUGUAGGUUACAACAGUGGACCGAUUCCAAGGACAGCAGAAUGACUACAUCAUCCUGUCACUUGUCAGGACCAAGAUGGUGGGACACAUCAGGUAAGUGACCCGAGUCCGUAUUCUACAAAACACUCACUGUGACAGCCAACAGAUCACUUUGCCAACCUCUGCCCGAUCAGCUGUCAGACAGUAAAACCACAUGUAUCUGCAUACAAGCCUAUCAGACAACAACACAGUGUGUUUGCUUUUUAGGAACCAAAAGUUCAGCCCAUACACUAUCAGCUCCAAAUAUGCUAAAGACUGUCCUGGGAUUCGUUUGUUUAGUAAAACGAAUCCCUUUAUCGUACCCUAACAACAAGCCACCUCGACCUGUCUUGAUGAAGUUUGGUGUACAGUGAUAAUCAAGGCAUUCUAUUUAGAUUUGUUGGGCGUUUGGCACCUUUGAACUCAUUCCUUACAUUUCGAAUAGACCAGUUGCUGCAUGAUUGCAAAAAGACAUACCAGGUCCAUUCAAAACCAGUCAUCUCCAGCUGUUAAUGGCUUUGCCAGAGUUUAGACAAAUUUUUCUAAAGGUUUAAUUGAAAAGCAAAGCUCACACGCAGUUACAUACAGGAAAACAUUACAGAUUUGAGCCCACCAAGUUCAACCUUUCGCAUGUCAUUAUUACCACUGUUGAUGCAAGAAAAAAAGUAUUGAGCUAGAAGCAAUUUCGAGUUUAGCUACAAUUGGUGGGAACUUUACAUUAAACCACCUCACAUUUUGCAUCAACGUUGUUCUGUAUACAUAACUUCCACAUUGGUUUAAAAGAAAACAGAAACUGCCUUAUCCUCAGAAUGUGAAGUGUGUGCUUGUUGCCAAGCAGACAGUAUUGUCAUUUGCAAACAGUCCUGCACAUUUACUCUCUGUUAAUGCUCAUGCACCUAUUAAAGUAAACUGGAAUAUAGAUGUGUGGGUGUCCAAAAAUAAAUGUCUCCACCUGUUCCUAUUUAUAAUAAAUUAAUAGGAAUAUGGACUGCAGCAGGAUAAAAUGGGUCCGCACCAUCGGGCACAUGAGACUGCCAACCCAAAUAUUCCAGACAGGGAGAUCAGAUGAUCUCCCCAGCAACCAGAGCACAAGAAAGCCUGCAGUCUUCACCUCCAGUCAUCAAAGGGGACUCUGUUGUCAUCCAGCGUUUUGGGGCGGGGGGGUUUACCAUGGCAAUGCUCGACUCGCUGGCAAAGCACUUUAAUGGAGUGAGUGCCACAAUGGAUCUGCACCCAUGGUAGGUGCAGUCUGCACCUUCCGCCACUGGAGCAGCUGGGAUCAAUAAAAUAUUUUGCCCCUGGCCAAAGGAAGGCAAGAGGGUGGGUGGGGUGCAAAACAUUAUUUCUGUGAAGCGUUCCCCACAAAUAACAUAUACACAACACCACACAAAACCAUAUAUAUAUAUCCAUCCAUCCAACAACAGGCAGUUUCCGUACACUCAAAAACACGUGCAUAAUAUUACAAACCAUACAUACCUAAAACAAUUCUGAACUUUACAAUUUUUAGUUUAGUAAAUAACCCCAUGUGUUCUAAGCUUGUCGCACAAUGUCUGUUCAUUUUUCUUCCUUACAGGGAUGUCAGACGGUUAGUGGUUGCAAUGUCCAGAGCUCGCCUUGGUCUCUAUAUCUUUGCACGAGUCUCCCUUUUCCAGAAUUGUUUUGAGCUGACACCAGCUUUCAGCCAGCUCACCGCUCGCCCUCUGCAACUGCACAUUCUCCCAGCAGAGACCUACCCCACGCAGAGAAAGGUAAGUACCAUUAGCAUCUACUGUAUCAAUGGUAAUUAAUGAACUGCAUGGUAUGGAGUGGUGGGUACUCACAGGAAGAUGCUGAAAUAGCACCUAGCUCUCUUGGCCACUCUCUGCGUUCAGCAGCUUUUACUAACUGAGAAAUUAGAAAAGUAGUAAGCCAUAGGUCACUGGGAAGAUCUCCCGCUUUGAGAAUUGCUUUUCCUGAACUGGGUGGAUCUGUUUGCAAUGCAAUAUCUCAUGGUCUGUCACCGAAAUAAACCGUGAAGCUGCAUAUAACCAUUAUGCAUCCGGCUAAAAUAGGAACAUACUAGAUAGCAAUAUACUAAAAGAACAUUCACUAUCCGAGCACUGAAAAUGAAGGAGUUUCUGAUGGCAUACCAGGUGAGACAUUAACCCCAUUGGGUGGUUCACGUUUCUCUCUAUAUGGUCACAGUGAUUUUACUGACCUACCAACUGAACUUGUUCUAACACCCCCAGUGACAACAAUCUGCGGACUCCGCAUGCACUUCAAGGUAGAAUAAAUCUACAGUGAACUGGUGGAGUCUUCAGCUUUUUUCAUUCUAACGGUUUUCUUUUACUCGCCCUGAUUAUUGUUUUGGAAGCAUUUCCACGUGAGAGAUGCAGCUGACUAAUAAAAAACAGCCAUCCUUUCACUGCAUUUCCUUUAGUUGGCACUGCCAUCUUCUCGACAUGCCCCGUGCACGUGAACUUCGAGCAGAAUCCCCUCCUAUUCACAGAACAUGUUACAUUUCCAUCACUAAGGCCACGGCACACUAACAAAUAGCUAUUCAAAUUUUCAAUUCCAUCUGAAGUCAAAUUAAAAAUGACAUAGAAAACAGUCAAUAAACGUCUCCAGUAGAAUGACUAAAUGAAAGGGUAACGUUUCAGUCUCACAUUAAGCCUUUAUCAAACGCCCUAGACUGAAGCCAAAAUGUUGCCAUUGACUUGGAGCACCCAAUAAAGCAUCAACAUUUUUUGUUUUGUUUUUUUUAAGAGGUUCCUACUGAGUCAUCUUUACCCGUGUAUGGACUGUUUCUCUUUAUUUACUUUAUUUUAUUUUGCAGAAUGGAGACUUGCUGCCCUACCCAGCCCAAGUGAUUAAGAACAUGCCAGAGAUGGCAAGCUUUGUGUACAAUAUGUACAUGCACAUGAUGCAGAGCAGUCAGCAGUUGCAUUAUCGUCAGGUAAGACCAUCCAAUUAUAUAUACACACAAGUCACUGUAUUAUACAAAUUGCUGUCCACGUCUUUAGCUGAUGAGAAAAUGGUUUGUUAAAUUCCUAUUCGGGCCUUCUGUGUUGUCGACGGUCCUCUAAUAUGACAUGUUGCCCUGAGGCCAGCUUUCUAGUCUUCCGUUUUUAGAAUGACAAGCUAUAAGGAAAAUGUCUAGAUUGCAGUCAUGUGUCCUGGGUUGGAUUAUUUUCACUAAUUUAAUUUCCAGUAGUAUUUUCAGCAUUUAGGCCCUACAUCCCCUUCAAAAAUUAAAUAAAAAAAAGUUUGACUAUUUACAUGGGGAGAAAAUGGAGCACUAGUGUGAUGGAGUGGUUAUGGUGCUUGGAGUGUUCCUUUAAAAAAGUUUGCUGUUUAUAUCUGUUGGCCUAACGUGCAGUUCCCAGUUUAGUAGACAAACCCCUUUGCAGUGUGUGCUGUCUUUCAGCAAGCUCCUGUUAUACAUCAUCAUAAUCUUAUGUCUGUCAUAAUCAUCUUUAAUUCCCUUAAUGAGUGUACUCCCUCUGCUGGGAUAUCUCAAGCCACGCUUUACAAAGGCCGCCGCUGAGUCUUUGUUUAAUUUAUAGCUAAACUGUGUAUCUUUAUUAACUGGCCUGCUCUGAACUCUCGCCCUGAAACAUCGCAUUGCUAACAUGAGUGAACGCAGAGCUCUCUUCUUCUCUAAUGCUGUGUUCUGUGAUUCUAGUACAAUGGUUUCAAGUAUUGGGAGCCAAACUGCUGAUCUCCUUUUUAAAGAAGGAACGGGGAGCAACACAUCUUUUGAGUUGAAUCUAAAGUUAGACAUUAGCUGCUGUAUUGUUGAGAUUCUUAUUAUAUUUUAACACUCUUACAAUUAAGUGAUAAUUUCCCCAUUUAACCAUAUGUUAGUAGAUUACUAGCUUACGCUAACACCAUAACAACCCACAGUAGUGGUCAUGGUACUAUGCAUGUGGGUGAAGUAUUAAACACACACCCUGGGCUGAAUUGAUUGUUCUGUAUCAAGUGUGAAUCCGUGCACCCAUAUAUUGCAUUCGUCGGCUGAGGGCAAUGGUAUUAACAUACACCCAGCACUCUCAGGCUAUUAUUGCCAAGAUGGAUUCUUGGUAACACAGAAUCCCAAUUUCCACAAUAUCCAAUGUAGGUUCAAUGAAGGUACCUGAAUAACGUAUAUAUUAAAAAAAACUUAACCUUACAUAGCUUACCUAGCUUGAAAAUAAAUACUGCAGAUGAGCAUUGCGUUGUUAUGCUCAGUGCAAUUGAUAAUUAUCUGUUGGGGUCUUGCCUCUGUCUUAUUGCUGCCAAGGAAGCUUUGAAGUAGAAACUUUGCAGACAAAUCUCUUUUAAAGGAACACUCCACUCAUCAUAACUACUAAAGUGUGCUGUAGUUGUUAUUGUGCUCUCCCCUUUGUAGCUAGUCACACCAUUUUAUAACUUUGACCUCUUACCACUGCUCCUUAUCAUCACUACGGACUAUGGAGAAUUGGAAACUCCUAAACAGGAGCUUCUGUUAGCUUUCCUGAACUUAGCUCUGUAGGGCUAGCUCAUUGGCUCAGUGAUAACCUAGCUCCGAGAGGUUCUGGGCAGAUGUUGAGGUUGGGGAGUGGUGCCCAGCACAGACCUCAAGUACCCCCUACCAUUACAGGAUUUAAGGAUUACCCUGUUGUGUUUAAAGUGUUGUGUCUAAGGUGUUUUUAGAAGAAGAAGAAAAAAAACAACAACUGGGUAAUCCCUAAAUCCUGGACUUGAGGACUGGGUUGAGAACCACUGAUUUAGUGCAUCGUUAAAUGGAAAUCACAUCAGCCUCAAGUGCCCUUUGAUUGUUCAUUCCUGACUCGGAGAAUAAAGUUCUCUAGAGCCUGCUUGGUGCAGCCUUAUGUGAUAACAUAGUUUCUUAUGGAUUAGCCAUUUUGUCCUACAAGAAACCCGAUUAGAUAAUUCCGGCUGCUCCAGCCCUUCUAUCCUAUGCAGUAAAAAUGUUGUUUGUGUGAACAAGACAGACAGACGGCAGCAGGAGUUCCCCUCCUGUUCUUGGCAGUUUACCAGCCAUUCAGCAGUAAAUCUUUCCGCAGAGUCUUGGAAUGGGUUACACAGCAGUCUGAAUGUGCUGCGGGUGCACUAAUCCUAAUGAUUGUGUGCAGCUGAGGAUGGAAAAUGUUUGUGUCUUUCCAGGGAUAUCCAGAUUUACUCUUUAACUAGACACUUCUGACUGUCUUUUACCCUUUCUGCUCAUUCAGUGCUGUAACUAAAUCAAAACCAGAAAGUGGAAAUGCUAGUGUACAUAUUACUUAAUUUUUUUGGAAUGUGGUGCCAGCCCAUUUGUAAUGCAUUACAAAUAUGUUUAAACGUUUUUUAAUACCAUUUUGCAAAGAAGCCCAGCAAAUAAUGGCGUAUAUUUUUUUUAACGGUCUCUCAGUACAGUACAAGUACUUGUAUUGGCAGUGGAUACUUGAAUAAGUUGGUAGACUUACAGCUACAGUGAUUGUUUUUGCAAAUUUGCUGCACUCUAACCUAGGAAUGUAAGUUGUCAGGAUGCUUGUAAGAUGCCUUUUAUGAAAGCCAAGAACCCUACCCUUUUCUUUUCUAUCAAGUACAGACUGCAUGCAUUGCUUAUUACUGGCGGCAUGCUAUAGUUGAAAUAUCCAUAUCUUAUAAUAAUGUAUCAUCGCUAUUAAAGUUUUUAAUAACUAAUUCAUUAAAGGGACACUGUAGGCAUUGUGUCUCAUUAAAUUGGUUAUAGUGCUCUGGUACCAUCAUUUCAUUCAGAAUUAAGCAUUUUUUAAUAUUUUAUUUUUUAAUGCUAUAUGAGAGUCACUAUUAGCUCAUCCCCCUCUGUGCUGCUUUGGCUAAGAGGAAGUAUUAACCUGCGCAGCAAUGUGCAUCUGAGAGUGUCAGCUGACUACUUUUAGCCUAUCAGAGCUCCAACUGACAGUAUAAAGGGUAUGACUACAAGGAAGUGUAUAAUCUUUGCAUUAGCCACACCUCCAGAAGGUGCCGGACUGUCGGUGGCCAGGGACACUUGCUAAACUGCCCUAAAGCGGUUUCACACUGAAUGGAGGGACUCCAAGCUCUAUAACCAAUUCAAUGAGAUAAAUUAUUAUAUUGUAGUGGCUACAGUGUCCCUUUAAUGCUACGAGUACAAGGAUGAUUCUGCAUAAUAUUGAUUGUUAAUUGUGUGUCUCCUCUGUAACAGGGUCUGCUGCCACCGCCUGUUGUAUCCAAGCAAAAGGAUCCUCCUCCUCAAAAUGAGGAAAUGGAAGUGGACACUGAACACAUCUCACAAAAGCCCAAUACAGAUAAUCCUCCAGCAUCCAUUUCACAGGAACAUUCCUCACCAAAGUCGAGUGACACAAGGGCAGCAGAUGUUACAGAAAAUAUGGAGCAAGAGGAUGCAGCAGGAAAGCAUUCGGUAGAAACAGAAGAAAGUGAAAAACAAGCUGCUGUUUUAAAGGUCUGUGAGAAGGAAACAGAAGCCAUCGCUGAACCCAGCAGCAAGGAUGGAGAAUAUGCUACAGAGAAAAUGGAGACUGAAUCUGUGGAUCAAAAAGAACAUCACGCAAUGCCAGAGCAUCCUGGAAGGGACAGUGACAGUGAUUAUAGUGAAGACGAGGGAACAGGCGCCUAGUUUAUCACUCCAGUUAAGCCGUACAUUCGUGAGGCAGUUUAACAUCAGUUAAAAGCCGAAAGAAUGCAUUAAUGAGUUCAAUUUUGGGGGCACCGUUCCAGAAUGGAUGCAUCACGUCCUUUGUACUCUACGCUACAGGAGACUUUCCCCAUUUAUAGUAAUGUAAAUUAAGGGAUUGUUAUACAGUACUGAAUUAUUUGCCAAAAGACAAUACAGAAUUGUGUUGGAACAGUUGCUGUUUUGUUUAUGUUGGUGCACGUCUGCCUCCUCCCAGAAACGGGCACGUUUCCAGUCCACAUACUGGAAGAAUCUGAGGAGCAACCUCUGCCCAGUUCUUUUGGGCAAUAUAUAUAUAAAAUUACAAGAAGGUAGGACAGCAAAUGGACAUUUCUGAGUUUGUUUGCUUUGACACAGAGCAAGAAGCCUGUGUAUUCAUUGACUUGGGACCUGUUGAGAAAGGACUAAACAGCAAAUAUUAGGCAGUUAUCACGUCUAUUGUCCGUUUCUGAAUAACCCUUUAUGUAUUUCCCAUGUGAAGCAAGAGUUGAAUUUAAUAUUUUGUGGAGAAGGAAUGUAGAUUUUAUCAAUCUAUUUUUGUUAUUAACUUUUACAAUAAAAAGUUACACAAA